AUGUUUUUGUGGCUUAAACUCUUGGCGUUUGGCUUGGCCCUCGUUGUGGAUGGACAGGACUCAGGUAGGUGGCAGCUACUGGUUUGUUCACUUUGCUUAUCAUGGAAACUUAUUUAAAAGAACUAUCCUAAACCCAUUUUGACAAGAUCUAAGGGUUGGGUCUAACGUCUUAGGUCUGUGUAUCUCAUAUGUCUGAGCGCCUACGAUGAUUGAGGUGUGUCAGAAUCUUAAGAAUAUCAGUUACAGCAAACUAAUUUAUCUGAAUGGUGACGUAGUCAUCAUUACCACUGGGUAGGAAGAAGUUUCUGGCCCACACUCAGUUGAGAUGGAGUAAUUGAGACAAGACCUUCAGGUCUGUCCAGCACUUAUUGACAGCUCCUGUAGUACGGCUACAGAAUCCUCUGCAGUUACUUGGGUUAACAAUUCAACACAGAAAUAGUUUGUUAGGAGUUAGCUAUUUGAAAAUGGCUGCUUUAAGAUAACCUGCGCAACGGUAAUCUCAAACACGCUGUUUGGUUUUUCAUUGCCAGAUUCCCUUCCAUCCUGAAUCUUGGGUUGUCUAGCAAGUAGUAAUACCAAGUGUCCCUCUUCAUUUGGAGUUUGGGUUGUCUGCGUUGUGAAAAUAUUCACAAUGAAUCAAGGCAACGCUCCUUUUGAACAUGGCGAACAAGGAUUCCCCAUGAUGCAAAUUCUGAAAUGCUUCACAUUUCAGAAAUCCCACUGAGUUCAAUGAGAUUUGCACCCAGGUGCCGCCUCAAUAUAUAGUUUUUUAUCUAAAAAAAAAUAAAUAGAUGCGUUUAGCACUCUAGUCUGAAAAUGUUUAGAACUGGGACAACUUUAUAAAGAAUGCCUAGGAUUGCAGCACUAAGUCACUUCUUUCAAAUAAUACAUACCACUCAACAGGAUUGCAUUUUAACGUUACAUAAGGAAACACUUUCUUUUCAUUUUCUCAGACUUUCUAAAGCAAUGACAUUACAGCUGGGUUUGUCUCUCCUCCCCUUUAAAAUGGACUUCUCCAUUAACUUCUGAGCCACUCCCUGAUCUCAGAUCCUGUAUUCAGUUCCUCAAAUUUCAAGCUCUACUGCAUCGAAGUUUCUUUUUUAAUGUGUUCAACUGAUACUAUCAGAUUGUAGGUGUGCGAUAUUGGAUAUAAUUACAGAUUCCCAGAGCCAGUGGUCCAGUUAGGUAAUUUCAGUCCCUGGAUUUAAUUGUUUUAAUGUCCCCCCUUUUUAGAUGACAGUGUGCUUCAGAUGGUGGUAAUGCAAUCAUUAAUGUAAUGUGUGUGCCGGUUGGGGCGGGAGGAUGACUCCUGCUUAUUCUGCUGAGUGGAGCCCUGGACUUAGGACCAUAGGAAGCUGCCUUAUCCCAAGCCAAAACACUCAUCCAUCUAGCUCAGUACAGUGGUACCUCGGGUUACAGGCGCUUCAGGUUACAGACACUUCAGGUUACAGAUUCCGCUAACCCAGAAAUAGUACCUUGGGUUAAGAACUUUGCUUCAGGGUGAGAACAGAAAUUGUGCAGCGGCCGUGCAGCAGCAGCAGCAGCGGGAAGCCCCAUUAGCUAAAGUGGUGCUUCAGGUUAAGAACAGUUUCAGGUUAAGAACGGACCUCCAGAACAAAUUAACUUCUUAUUCCGAGGUACCACUGUACGGUGAACACUGACUGACCGCAGUUCUCCAUCCAGUGUUUCAGGAAAGCAUCUUCCACAGCCCUACCUAGAAAUGCUGUGGAUCGAACGAUGUGCUUUCCCCCCCACUAAGCUAUGACUACCUCUGUCCUAACAGUACUGCUGCCCAGAGCUCAAGGAACCUCAUUCAAUCAUCAGCUUCGUAGUCAUUGACAUGUCUUGCACCCUCUUUCUCCAUUUAUGACCUUUCGCCUUGUGCCUUUCCAAAACAGAACCCCCACUCCCUUUAUAUUCCCUGUGCUGCAUAUUUCCCCUCUUUCGGGCUCCUCCAUGCACCCUACCUCUCUCGACAUUACUUGCUACCUAGUCCCUUUCCACUGCACCAAAUUAUUUGUAAAUGGAGAUCUGGAACCUGGGGCACUGCUUCUUUGCUGCAAAGCUGUUGGGGGUGGGCAUGAUUUGCAAGGUUCAAGUAACAGUCUCUUUUGCCCACUUUAUUAAUGGAUGGUUAAGGUCUUCCAUGCAAAAAUACCUCAGGGUGAUUCAGAAGAAGUAAAUAAACAUGCACUGGGGAACUUUCGCUGCGGAGAUGCCUACCUGAUGGAUGGGCUUGCAAGAGGAAAGCAAUGGGGGGGAGGGAGUACGUAUUAAGUGUCUCCCCUGGAAACGGUGCUCUGCUUUGCAGCAGAAAAAUGGUAGCCCAGGUUUCCAGACCUGGGUUGCUGCUGAGUGCAUAGUUUAGUCUUGACAACGGGGCCUUGCAAUAGUUGGGGACGUCGAAACUAUUCUUCGCUUUCAGAAAUCCCAGUGGAGUUGUGAUUCUUUGGGGAUGCUUCAGCCUCCAUAGUUGGUGAGCCAAUGGCCAGUAAGGGAGACAAAAUUGCUUUCUUUUCCACUCAUGGUUGUCCAGAUGUUGCUGGACUACAAUUUCCACCAUCCCUGCAUCACUGACCAUGUUGGCUGGGACAUCAUCAUCAUUUGUUAUUUAUACCCCACCCAUCUGGCUGGGUUUCCCCAGUUACUCUGGGCGGCUCCCAACAGAUUAAAAACAGAUAAAACAUCAAACAUUAAAACUUCCCUAAACAGGGCUGCCUUCAGAUGUCUUCUAAAAGUCAGAUAUUUGUUUAUUCCCUUGACAUCUGAUGGGAGGGCAUUCCACAGGGUGGGUGCCACCACCGAGAAGGCCCUCUGCUUGGUUCCCUGUAACCUCACUUAUCGCAGUGAGGGAACCACCAGAAGGCCCUCGGCGCUGGACCUCAGAGUCUCUCAACAUCUAGAAGGCCACCUGCCCCCCCCCACUAACCUGAAGGGACUGUGAUAUUUCUGCUGGGGCAAAAGAUAUCGAUAUUUAGGAAAUACCUGCACAGCUUACCACAAAAUAUAUGACAGGGAAGUAGUAGAGAUGUAUUAAUAUUAUUAUUAUUUAUUAAAUUUGUAUACCGCCCUUCAUCCGAAGACCUCAGGACAGUGCGCAGCAUAAAAAUGCAAAACGAACUACAUAAUAAAAACGAGCAAAAACAAAGCAAACCAAUAGCACCCCCCCAAACACAAUUAAAAAGACGUAGAAUAUUAAUCAGCCCAAGGCCUGGUUGAAGAGGAGCAUUUUUGCCUGGUGCCUAAAGUUGUAUAAUGAAGGUGCCAGCUGAACUUCCCUGGGGAAAGCAUUCUGCAAAUGGGGAGCCACUGCAGAAAAGGCCCGUUCUCAUGUUGCCACCCUCUGGACCUCUCUCUGAGGCGGCACAUGAAGAAGAGCCUCAGAUGAUGAUCACAGGGUCUGGUUUGCUUCAUAUGGGAAGAGGCAAUCCUUGAGGUAUCGUGGUCCUGAGCCACCUAAGGCAUUAUAGGUCAAAACCAGCAGUUUGAAUUGGGCCCAGAAACUAAUUCUAUAACAUCUAAGUCUGAGAUUACAAUGGUGGAAAUUAGUACACAUGGGCCUGAUUCUGCAUUUUGCUAAUAUAAUGAAACUCAAGAAGGCAACUUGUAGGGAAGUGACAGUGAGUGGGCACAGAAUGCAAAUAAUCUGCUGGUUUUCCUGAAUCUGGUUUCCCCCACCCACGCACCCACGCACCCCAGUGUGGUUCACUUCAAGUUCUGAAGCUUAGCUGUGGGGGGAAAGGCAGUUUGCAAGGGAGAGGAAGGGUUAAGCAUGGCAUUUCUGCUUAUUGAUUCUCCCCGGUAAGUAAGUCCGUGUCUACCCUCUGCCCCCAAAGUUAACAUUAUGGGGGAAAGACUUUGCCCAGUUCUGUCCAGCAGCUACUGCCAAACGCAGUAGAAUUUAGUGGUUUUUUUGCUUCAUAUGCAUAUUAAAAACAUACAGACACUAAAGAGGUUCUGCCAUUCGUGCUCAUCACUAUACAGAGCAACAGCUUUCCCUUUAUCAACAAAGAAAGAAUGCUUUAUCUUUCCGAAGCUUUCACUCGCAGUAUGUUUUAGAUUUUCCGGGUUUUAAAAUGUUGCGUCUCCGUCAAAUCUUACAGCGGUCUCUGAACCAGCAUCCAUUUAAAACAAAGGUUCUCAUUUUUAUUUUAUUUUUUAAAUCCCCAAUAGUGUAAAGACCAAAUGUGUGGGGGGGAAUGGUUUGUCACCGUUUUCAUACUCGGUAUUUAUUCUUCUGAGCAUUUAUGCAAAAUGGAAGUUCAGACUUAGGAUGCCCAUUCUCAGUUAGGGAGCUCACUUCGAUUUAUGCGCAUACAUUUCCUCCCUUUUUAAAAAAUUAAAAGAGCAAUAAAUAGAGGCAAAUGGUAGGUAACUCUUGCAUAUGAUAAAAAAACACACCAAGCUGCUAAAGAACAGGAUUCUUUUCUUGUGAAUUUUUUUGUGGCUGUUCUUCAUUUUUAUAACUGACUUCCUACAGUUGCCUGCUGUUCUCCUUUCUUUAGAAAGAGUAGGCUAGGUUCUGUCUCGGCAACUCACCUCUUUUGUUACUCUAUGCAAUGUCUAACAGAGAAGGCAUAGAAGGGGGCUGGAAGGGAGAGUGUGCGACAAUAGUUUUCUUCAAAAGACAGAUUUUCAUCUCCUUUGCCUGCAUGAGGUAGAUGCCUGGGGCAUGUGCUAUCCUAACUAAUUGUUGCUAUAGAAAUCCUAAGAGUUACCAAGAUUUAGGAAAUGUUGCGGCGCUGAAAAAGCAUUACAUUAUUUCACAACUGUGAAGCAGAUAAGAAGGUAACUUUCCCCCUUUGUUACCAGUCCUUUUUUGAAGGGGAUAUUUUUACCUAGUGUGCUUGUUCUUAAGCAGGUCAACCUGCCUUUUUUUCAGGGACUGUGUGUGUGUUUUAUUCUCUAAAAAUAAUGCCCUUCGUACCUCUUCCCAGGCAGUCAGACAGCUUCAUGUAAAAGAGGCUUGUGUGUGAAAUUAUUGGCACAGCAGAACCCUAUGUGUGUUUACUCAGAAGUAAACACCACAGCGCUCAUAAGGGCUUAUCCCCAGCCCAGUGUGCAUAGGAUUGCAGAUGGACAGUUCAAUCCUAACCAGGUCUACUCAGAGGAUUGCCCUACUGAAUUCUGUAGAAGCUCAUCCAGAGAAGAGGGGUUAGGACUGCAGGCUAAAUUACUCAGCUAAAUCAUAUAUUAGUGUUGAGCUCAACCCAUCCCCUACUCUGCCCUGAGAAAAAUUCUGAGAUUUAUCUCCCUCCCCCCACUUCCCCAACUAGAAAAAAGAAGUCCGUUUUGCAGUAUUUUCUUUAGGUAUUCUCUUUUUAAACUCAAUUUUAUUAAAGGUUUCCAACAUAUAAUACAAUAAAAACCCAAACAAAGCUAAUAUCUAAAAAGAGGAAAAUAAUAAAACGAAGAGAGAGUGGGGCAGGGAAAGAAAAAAAAGAAACACACCUACACAAACACACAAUUUUGUAUUCUAUCAACCUCCUAUCUUAAUCUUCAAUUCACGGAGAUCCCCACCUUCCCAGCUCCCACCUGGGACAGCUUCCAUCUUUCUCAGCCUUAUAUCCUGGGAAAUACCACUCUAUUUUGUCUCUCACACAGAUCUCUUCUAUCAGUCUUCUCUCUGUACCUUCAUAUCAUGCCAUUCAUAUCAUACGUACAAGUAAUAUUAUUGAACAUUAAUUAAAAAUAUCAAAAACUAAAUAAGAAGAAAAAGCAGAAAAGUAGAAAUAGAAGAAAAAGAGAUACUUCUACGCUUCCAUCUGCCAAUUUUCUCGAGGUAUUCUCCACCAUUUGUUUUGUGGCAGCUGCCAUUUCCCAGCUCACCACCCCUCACCAAGCCUCAGAGCGACGUGAGAUCAGGGGCCUUGGGAAAAAUGCACAGUGGUAGACUAGGCCGCCCAAAAUGGCGCCGCUGUUGCCAAUUGAAGCAGCAGCAAAGGAAGAAGAAAGGUGGGGGGAAUAAGCUGUUGGAGAAUUCCUCCUCUCCUUGGAGAGCUUUGGUGAAAGGGUGCUGCCAACAACUCUGCCAACAAAUUAGGGUGGAGUAUAUCAAGAGGACAUUUGCAAACACGUGGGUGACGCUGUGGGUUAAACCACAGAGCCUAGGACUUGCCGAUCAGAAGGUCGGUGGUUCGAAUCCCCGGGGUAAGCUCCCGUUGCUCGGUCCCUGCUUCUGUUCACCUAGCAGUUUGAAAGCACGUCAAAGUGCAAGUAGAUAAAUAGGUACCGCUCCGGCGGGAAGGUAAACGGCGUUUCCGUGCGCUGCUCUGGUUCGCCAGAAGCGGCUUAGUCAUGCUGGCCACAUGACCCGGAAGCUGUACACCGGCUCCCUCGGCCAAUAAAGCGAGAUGAGCACCACAACCCCAAAGUCGGUCAUGACUGGACCUAAUGGUCAGGGGUCCCUUUACCUUUACCACCAUGUAUAUCAUACUCUCCAGCAUUUCACCGAUGAACACAGGGACCUCCUAUUCCAUAAUAAUAACAAUUUUGUUGCUUAUACCUCACCCAUCUGACUGGGUUGCCCCAGGCACUGUGGGCAGCUUCCAACAUAUAUAAAAACAUAAUAAAACCUUAAACCUUAAAAAAGGCCCAAUACAGGGCUGCCUUCAGAUGUCUUCUAAAGGUUGUAUAGUUACUUAUCUCCUUGGCUCGGGGGAUCGCAUGACUCCAUCCCCUCUAACAUUUCUCCGAUGGAAAUAGAGACACCCUAAGGGAUCAAAGGACAUUCUGGGAUCAAAUGAGAAACUGGGAUGGCUCCUAAAAAUCUAGGACUGUUCCUGGAAAAUAGGGACACGUGGAGGGGCUGGUAUACAUACAGCUAUAUCAGCCAGCACCUCACUUCAAACACUUUGAUAUGCUUCAGGUUUAGCACAAUAGGACUGGCACAUGAUCAGUGUGUAUCUGUGUAUGUGCGCGAGUGAGGCCUACAGAGGUAUCUCACUUCCUCCAUUAACUCUCUUUCCUCCAUCUACACAGCACACAACGCUCUGUGUGCUUAGGGUGGCAGAGGUGAUGCAGGGGAAGGGAAGGGAGAUAAAGAAGUAUUGUGCCCUUCACUGAGUCAUUUCACCUUGUCCAAUUGCAUUUCUCUCUCUCCACGCUGUGUUCCAAACCCAACAAAUAUGGCAGAAGUGGAGAAGGCAAACACAGCUACCUCACUUUCUCUUCCUGACAAAGCCACAAGGAAAAUAUACAAAGGUGCUGUGGAAAAUUGGUUUUAUUUUUAGAAAAGGGCUUGACACAACUGUUUCCAAAGAUGGAAAGUAACACCAAAAGCAUGCCUACCUUCGCAAACACUUUGGUGAUCCCUUAAGGAAUCUCCCUGAUGUAGGCUGCAAUCCUAAGUAGGAACCAAGUGUGAAUUCGUGGCAUUCUCUUGUUUCUGUACUCUCCUCCUUCCUUUGCUCUCUCUCUCUCUCUCUCUCUCGAUUUUGAUGUGCUCCAGGCAGUUGGGAGGGGAGAAUGAAGGCUUCCUGGCCACUGUGUGGUCGAGCAUUGUAACCCUCUCCCAAAAGUGGCAAGGUGGACCCAGCAUGUUCGCAGCUCUAGAAGCUGCAUCCAGAAGGUGAGGUUUGAGAAGAUGUGCCUUGAAUAGAUGAAAGAGUUAGGACUAUGGAGGUGUGUGUGUGUGUGUGUGUGUGGCGGGAAGAGCUGUGAGGGGGAAAUGAACAGAAAGUUUGGGGAAGAGAGGCAGGCAUCGAGCUACAAUGCUAGAUCAUUCACCAUCCCCCAUGCCCAUCCACCGGUUUUAGUAGCCGCUUAACUAUGCACAAUUAGUGAUGAGCAAAUCCAUACUUCGUCAUCCUGUGUGUAGUCUGGAUUCCUUCCCGAACCUCCCAAUUUGUCCAAUCCCAUAUAUGAAAGUAAAAUUGUUCAUGUCCCUUCCCUGCCCCACCCUGCCCCCGGAACGUAUACAUUGUUUCUGCGCUGUUCAUUUCUUUAACAUUUAGACACCUUCAUUAUAUAAUAAAGGAUGUUCCGCAUCCUGUUUACUUAGUUAAGUAGAUAACCUUUCGUUGAACAGAUCACCAAUUUGUUUUGUUCAGUAGAUGUCUUGUCGCAUUGCCUUUGGUUGUGGGAAUGUGGCUUUUGCAUAACUGAAGGGUUGGUCAUGUACAGUGGUACCUCACGUUACAUACGCUUCAGGUUACAGACUCCACUAACCCAGAAAUAGUGCUUCAGGUUAAGAACUUUGCUUCAGGAUGAGAACAGAAAUCGUGCUCCGGCGGUGCGGCAGCGGCAGGAGGCCCCAUUAGCUAAAGUGGUGCUUCAGGUUAAGAACAGUUUCAGGUUAAGAACGGACCUCCAGAACGAAUUAAGUACUUAACCCGAGGUACCACUGUACAAGUGAUUUGCAGACAUAAUGGUCAGAGAUAAUGUCAUUUGGGAGCAGUAUUGUCAGCAUAUUACACAAAGAGGCUUAUUCUGCUGAGACCCGUUAACCCCUUAAAAAAAGAAGGAAAAUGCUACACAGUUGCAGAAUCUUGUGGGUGCUGCACAGAUAGAGUGUUGUUAUGGUUGAGGUGCCCCAGUGAGGCUGUGCCUGUUCUUCACACUGUGGAGUCCAAGAUGUAGCACUGACCACCAACUUUAGCUUUAAACAAGGACAAAUUCAUGGACGAUAAGGCUUUCAAUGGCCACUGGUCAUGAUAACUACAUUCUUCUUCCACUGUCCAAAGCAGCAGGCCUCUGUCUAAGACUCUGCUGCCAAGAAUCAGGAGUAGGGAAAGAGGUUCUGCACGGAGGUCCUGCUUACUGGCUUCUCGGAAGUGUCUUCUUGGCAUUGUGGGAACCGGAUGCUAGGCCAGAUCUGUCCUUGGCUUGAUCCAGCAGGGCUUUUUGUAUGUUCUGCUAAGACUCGUGAACCCCUCUCUCUUUCUUUUUUAAUGCAUCAACCAAUCCCAUCCACCUCUCCGAAUUUAUAGCUGUUAAGAUUAAAGUCCCCAGAAGGGGAGGAAUUUACACCAUGGUCAGACCAGUUUCUUUCAUUAUGUAAAUAAUGUGCCACAUUCCCUUAUGUGGGGAGAAAAAAGUUUCCUUUUUUCGUGGAGCCAAGCACCACUCACUAAUUCACCAAGAAGAUUGAAGAAAAAUACAGUAUAAGCUGGUGGAGGUCAUUCUGGGCUGGACUUCGGGGUACUAGAACACCCCAAAUCCAUGCGUAAAUGUGGAUAAUAUCUCCAGAAUCCUUGAAUGAAAGUAAAACAAAUUCUACAUCUCCCUGGGCCUCAUCAAAGAUAUUUCAGGUCGUGCCAGAGAUUUAUUGUCAAUCCACAAUUCUUUUUGCAAAUUAAAGUGAAUCAAAUGCAAUCAAGAUUAGUUGCUCACUCUCUGAACUUAUUCUGCCCUGUGUUCUUUCCUUCUAUUUUGCUUUCUUGGGUGGGUUAAACAGGGCGGGUGAAAACAUUUAUAAUAAUUACUACUAUAAAUGAAUUACUGUUUUAAAAGUGGUGAUUUGAAACAAUGUCAGAGGCUGGAGCAGAGAAUGAGCAGGGGCUCACAUGGGAAGAAGCGACAAUUGCCAAAUACAGUGAGAGGGGAACUGGGGAAAGCCUGCAUACUUGAGAACUAUUGAAGCAGCCAUAGAGCUCUAUGCACUGUGUAGAUGGAGGAAAGGGAGUUAAUUGAGGAGGUGAGAUACCUCAGGUACACACACUCGCACUCACACACAUACACCAGAUACACACUGAUCGUUUGCCAGUCCCAUUGUACCCAUAUCUGCUUUUCUCCUUGUUAAAACUGGUUUGUGUUUUGUUUUUUUAAAAAACAAUUCCUCGCUGUCUCUCCACCCCUGCUUAUCUCAAACCUUUAAGGUGUUUAAAGCCACAAUUUUUGUCUCCGUAUUACUCUCUUCUCACUUUAUUCACACUUCUGUUCUUGUUUGAGUACAGCAAGAAAGGGGGCACACUGAAAUGACUGUUUUAAACUUUUCCCUUUCGUUCUUCAGCUGCCUCAUGUGUGAGAGAUAAGAGCCCUCAAAUAGUCCAUAGUGCCUUCCCAGAAUGUAUUUAAUUCCUGUUACCAUGUUUUGUCUUCAACCUGAAUUUCUAGAUUCAGUGUAGUAAUUUAGAAGAGAUGUUUUGUUAACAACCAAGCACACAUACGUGCACCAUGUCCAUUAAUUGAACUCCACCUUCUCUAACUGAACAAGCCAACUGCCAUGCUUUCUCUCAAGAGUCUAUUCAUCUUAAAUGAUGUUGCAUACAUCAGCAUGGGUUGUGUGUGUGUGUGUGUGUGUGUCUGUCUGUCGUGUGUGUGUGUGCAAAGGGGGCUGAAGAAUAGGAGAGCUGAAAAGGCAUGGAAACCAGGUGGUCUGUGCACAAGGGACAGCUGAAAGCAGGCUGAGGGGGAGGGAAGGAGCGAAGGUGAAAAUGUGAGUGCAAAGGGGGUUGUGGAAGAGGGAGCAGGAGGCACUGGGAUGGGUGUUGAAGAGGGAAACCAGGGGCACGAAAGGAUCUGAAGAACAGGAGGGGAUGGUGGCUUGACAACUGGACAGAAGGUGAAAUGGUUGCUUAGCAGUUGCAAUCUGUGAGAGGAGGAACAUGUAGGUUUCCAUGAGGGUGGUUUGUGUGGAAGGUGAGUCGAAGGCAUGGGCACGGGCUUGAAAGCGAAAACAUGGCAGGAUAAUAACAAAGAAGAUUUAAAGAAGGGACUAGUGGACACUCAAAGCAGUAGAAAUAUGAGAUGAUUGGACCCCACUGAACCUGAAGCAUGGAAACCCCCAACAAAAAUUUUAUAAUUUGGCAAAAAUUUUGGCCUUUAUGAUAUAUAUUUGUAUAAUUUGGAAUAUUUAAUGUGAUUUGAUUGGAUUGUUAAAAUGGAAAACUUAAUAAAAUUUAUUAUUAAAAAAAGGGGGGAAAGAAAGCGAAAACAUGGCUGUAGAAUAAACGAGAGAAGAGGCUUCGGAAAUGGGGUUGGGUAGGUGAAAAGCGAGCUUAGUUGUCACACAGGGUGGGAAGGGGAAACACUUGAGGGUAAAUAGGGGGAAGGUGGAGGGGGCUGGCAAGGGGGGUGAGUAGAGCAUGGCCUCAAAUAAGAAUAUGGUAUGAGUCUGCUGGGUCGGUCCAAGAACCCAUCUAGUCUGAAAGCCAAUUCUCACAAUGGCCACUCAGAUGCCAACGGAAAGCCGAAAAGCAGGAUCUGAACUUUUGAACGUUUACAGUAAAAGAAUGAAGAGUCCUUUGAGCCACCUUGGUAAGGGGGAUGCAAGAGCAGUGAGUGUGAAGAAACGGAAGUCGAGCAUAAUUUCCUUCCCCUUUGCUGUGUUUCAUGGCUUGCAUACUUGAGAACUAUUGAAGCAGCUAUAGAGCCUGCUGCAAUAAUAUUUAUAUAUCAUACCUAGUUUCUGUAAAGUGUGUGUGUGUGAGAGAGAGAGAGAACAAGAGAGAAUAAGGGGAAAAGGGAACCAGAGAACAAGAGCUAUGUCAGGGAGAAGAUGAGGCCAUUUGUCCCACAGGAAAUAGUGGGAGAGAAACUUCAUUGUUCAGGAUGCUGAGUAAAACAGACAUCAGGCAUAAUCUGAGGGCCACAAAUACAGCAAAACAGGACCUCAUGAUCAGAGGGCCACAAAUAUAGCCACUAAUAGUGACCGGGAAUGUAGUUCUGACAAAUAUUUCUAGCAGAUUCCACCAAAAUAAUGUAUUUUUCAAAAGCAGAAGGAAGAAAGUGAUCUUUCAAAAUGGUGUCGGGGUAUGUAUUGUAAUGCAAUUCAGCAUCAGGCACUAGAGGGGAGUAAAGGUAAAGGUAAAGGGACCCCUGACCAUUAGGUCCAGUCGUGGCCGACUCUGGGGUUGCGGCGCUCAUCUCGCUUUAUUGGCCGAGGGAGCCGGUGUACAGCUUCCGGGUAAUGUGACCAACAUGACUAAGCCACUUGAGGCAAACCAAAGCAGCGCGCGGAAAUGCCGUUUACCUUCCCGCCGGAGCGGUACCUAUUUAUCUACUUGCACUUUGUCGUGCUUUUGAACUGCUAGGUUGGCAGGAGCUGGGACCGAGCAACGGGAGCUCACACCGUCGCGGGGAUUUGAACAGCCAACCUUCUGAUCAACAAUUCCUAGGCUCUGUGGUUUAACCCACAGUGCCACCUGCGUCCCUGUCAGGGUGUAUAUUGUAAUGUAAUUCAGCAUCAGGCACUAGAGGGGAGCAGUUGUAACUAACACACUGCUGCCACCUCUGCUCUUGGUAUCUCACCUCCUGAUCCAUAGGUGCAUUACUGAGAUACCCAACACUUUGCCUCUGUGGAGCAUGAAGAGAGAAAGCUGAAAGCGGGAGCAUUGGAUUGGCUCAGCUGACAUGCACUGCACUGGGCAAAGCUCCUCAUAGAAUAACAGAAUUGUAGAGCUGGAAGAGACCCUGAGGCUCAUCUAGUCCAAUGCAGGAAUCUCAACAAAAGCAUCCAUGACAGGUGGCCAUCCCGCCUCUGCCUAAAAACCUCCAAUGAAGGAGAGUCCAUCACCUUCCUUGCCCCUCCCCAUGCCCUCUUGGUAAGCUCCAGCAACUCAGUGUCUUGGAAAGCAAUUGGGCUGCAUCCAUGCCACUUCAUUGGCUGCUGUUGGCUGAGCCUGACUAACCCCUAGAGUCAAUGGCUGGUUUUCAGUUCCUCUAGAAUUUGUGGGGCCCUGCAUGAUACCUGCUCUAGUCUAGUGAUGUUAAAAGGUUUCCUUGGUGGUCUGGCUCCUUCCCUGGUGGCCCCCUCCUUUAACUUGGUUGUGGUGCACAGGCUGAAAUGUCUGUUGCCAUGCUGUGAGUUUAAGUCCCAAAAUCCACGUUUAGAAAAAUAAGUGUUGGGUCAGAUGGUCAAAUCUUUCUGGAAACAGUGAUUUAUGAUCAAAAAGCUCUUCCCUAUGAGAUACAGAGAUUUGCUGUAUUGUUCUAGUUCCCUGGCACUGAAAGCAGGUCCUGGAGUGGGGACUUAGGAAGUCCUGCUUGACACCAAAUACAAUUUGUCUCAAAUUAUUAUCUUAUGGCGAUGCUUACACCAAUCCUUAUACCACUAUUCUCUAGUCCUACAUUGUAUAGCAGUGGCUGAGGAUGUAACAUAGGACUUUGAAACCUAACGGCUUGCUUUGAACCCAAUGGCUGAGAUGAAAUUGGAACCAAUACCCUUCCAUCUUAUGGUUAACAUGCGCGUGCAUACACACACACACUUGAACAGAAUAUAUACAAGUAGUAGACACUGCUUAAGUUUUGCACUUCCAACACCCAUUUUUUAUUACAGCAGAAUCCUCCACAUGCCUACUCAACCAGUGAGUCCCAUUCAGUUCAAUGGGGUUUACUCCCAUGUACAUGGGCACAGGAUUACAGACUUAACCACCUGAUGACAUCACAAGGAGUAAACCAAAUGCCAUUCUUAUCUCCACCAUUGUCAGGGUUUAUGAUGGUAAGAGCUGCAUUUACUGCAUUUGCCUCUGGUGUGCAGCAGAAUUAUUUGACUUUCAGCCAUUUUGCUUCCCUUAAAUAAGGGGAAUAGCAUAUAGCUGGAACUUUGUCUUCUUUUUUAAUAUACAAAUUUCAAUGCCAAAGUCACACGUCUUUGUGCAGUGGUGCAAAACUCAGGAAUAGCAAAAUAUGGAAUUGCUAGAAGGUGUGUGUAUAUGUGUAUAUAUCUAUAUAGAUACAGAUAUUAAAUGAUGGGAAAGCCGCCCUUUCUGACUUUAGGAAUUUUAUAUUUGCAACUAGUGCUUUUUUUCUUUAAAAAUGUUUAGGGGUACUCUCAUUUGACUCAAGAGGAGGGGAGGGUUAGGUUGAAUUUGGGAAAUAAAAUAAUAUAUGGGACAGCAAAGGAUAUAAUAGAUUCUUAUUGAAUAGUAAUUUAUUGUAACCUGAAUAGAAGUUCAAAAGGGAAAGUGAAUGUAUUUUUAGUAUUUUCAUUAUUGUAAUAGUUAUUAUUAUUUCUUAUUGGUAGAAGGCAAUGUUAAUUUAGGCUUCUUUGUUUUGCUGUCUGUAUAAUUUUCUUAAGUCAAUAAAAAACCCCACCAUUUUAUAUUUCAAAUUGGGAAAAAUAAAUACAGUAAAUGAACAAAAGUACAAAGAUUAACAAAAUGUUUAGGGGUAUGCGUACCCCUGCGUCCCCCCAGGAAAAAACCAACACUGUUUGCAAAUGUGGAGGAGGGCAGUGUGGCGUUCGGGAGAUGCAGACAGAUUUCCUGUGUCUCUCGCAGAUUUCCAUAUCAUUUUAAAAAAUCAUCCUGUUUAUUAACUUUAAAGGGGUUUUCUGAGUCCAAGAGAAAAGGCUGUCAUAAGAUACAAAUGGGAAAGCACAGCUGGAUAAUAAAUUUCUAGCGAGAGGUGCCGUCUGCUGAGUUCCAACUGCAUAUAUCAAUAAAACAGAACCCUUGCAAACAGGUCAUGCUUGCUGGUCUUUCAAGAACUGCUAAACCAUUUAUCUAUUUUCAGACAUUUCCUCCAGUCUUUGAAAUAAAAGCCAAUUGCAGCCCCGGGUAUCAGGAUUUUUUUUUAAUAUAAAAAAAACUAGCUGUGAGUGUUUCAGACCAGUCCACAAUGUACAUAAUGUUAUGCUGAAAAAGGAGCUAUUUUCUAGCUUUCCUUUUGAUAAUUCCCUCUUUCAGUGUUCUGUGGCUGCCAUUAUUCCCUCUGUGUCAACAUGUCCUCGGUUGGAAUGCUUGCUUGGCUUCUAUUUUGUAGAUUCAAAGACUUAUAAUCCUUUUGCUCCUCAUUCACAACUCUACAGAGAAAGUUAUUAGCGUCAGCCAUAUCUUUUAUUGUAUGUAGGGGGCAUGAAUUCUUCUCUUUUUCAAAAAAUAAAAAACCCCAAAAAAACCUCUCACAAAAAGAUAGAUUCUGCAGAGCAAUUUUUAAAACCGCCUUUGAAAUAUGCUUUAUUUGACAAAUGGUGGAGGGGAAAGAAAAAAAACCAGACUAACAUCCGAAGAACUGGUAGGUGAGGAGAGAAGGGCAGCCGAUCAAAGCCACGUCCUGUAUUACCUAUAGCAACUAAAGUUCAUUAAAUGAACUAGAUGGAUCACAAAGCAAAAUGUUAUUAGGGAAAUUUAUGCUGGGAACACAAUUUGCUACUACCAAGAUGGGUUUGUAAGAAGAACACAGAUUUUAAUGAUGCAGUUUCUGGGUGGUUGUAUUUUGAUGGACAUCAGUAGUGAAGUGUGUUUUGAAGUAAUUAGGGGGAAGGAGAUUGGUUGGGUAGUCAAUAAAUUGAAGCACAGAAGGAUAUGGUGUCAUGCUCUCUGUUUAGGGAUCUUCCAAGUUUGGUCUGAUCUUUUGUAAGAAGCAAGAGCCCACUUGCAAAACCAAAAUCUAAAAAUUUUUCCCUUUGGUUUCAACAUAGGAUUAGCGUGGCAUGGAUAAUGUCCAAAGGGGCCAUAGAAAGCAAGGAAUAGAUGGUCAUUUUGGAUGGAGGAUGCCAGAAGAGACCAGUGACUGUCUCUUUAGAGUUUCUUUUCCGCCCAGCCAUAUGUAGGGAUAUGGAGAAUUAGGCCAAACUGUGUGUAAAGCUGUCUUUAGGUACCUGCAUGUAGUAGAUGGAAGCUAGGGAUAUGCCUGCAAACCUUCCCCAACAAUCCUCAUGUGUUUUGUCCAGGAUGCUCAGUCCCUGAUGUUCCCUUGGGGUGUACUAAUCCGUCAAUUUUGGUUCCCCAAAUUUCACAUUUUCCCAGUCAUAAUUUCAGUUCCUCACAUUCUGUAACAAUUAGUGGGUUAAAAAAAAAAUCCCCGUGAAAAUUCACCAGCUAAUAUCUCCUCAUAAAAACACUUUUGUAUGCAGAUAUUUCCACAAAUAUAUGCAUUUUUAUGCACAACCGUUUGGCUGGAGAAGCACACUGCCAAAUUCGGAGAAGUACAAAUUUCAAGGCAUGGCUGUGCUUUGGUUCACAAACUGUUUCAAAAAGCGCGGAUUUGGCAGAUUCACCUGAAUGAAAUUUCUCCUCCGUCGCUAGUUCAGCAGGGCCUGAAUAGACCUGGUGUUAUGGUGUGUGACUGCUGUGUCUCUAACAACUUGCAUGCCCGGACUCAAGGAGGGCAUAAUCAAAUAAUGUUUCAUAGCCAGAAAACCCUGCACUUUGUGUGAUCAUUGGAGGCAAUUUUGUACGGCCAUCAAGUCAUCAAGUGUGGUGGAGCCACCCAUUAUUGCAACUGCUGAGAAACUGCAUUCCCUCUAUACUUAUCACAUGAUUGGUUUGGUAAUCUCAGUUCCUCCAAGGGCAAGUUGCUACCAGGCAGUUAAUUAUAGUAUCACAGGAGACUCACAGCUUCAUAGCUUCCUCUGAGCUUUAGGUCUUUUAGUUUCUUCCUUUGCUUUUCUCUGCCUACCGAUUGCGUAGAUCGCACUUGGUUGUUUUGAGCUGGUUAAGUCUUAACUGACUGUAAGUGCACCAAGACAUUUUUGAGUCCAGCUCAGCCUCCAUAAGGUUAGGCCUUUGUGGUUUCAGACUUGCUGAGUAUCUGCUGAGCUCGGAUGAGGUCAUUCUUUGUGGGCUUCCCAACUUCAGAGUCCUUUAAUGCACUUCCUGUAAACUUCUCAGGCUAUUUGAGAUGAGCACCGCAGAAGGAGAAGUGUUGCUUUCCCGACAGAGAGUCAUGGCACAAUAGACGCCACAAUGUGUCAACAUUUUAAAUAAGGAAAUGGGAUUUAGCAUAUAUGUGCAAGGCAGUGGGGAUCUAAUGAUUUUAUAUUGAAAUGGACAACAGGAAAGACGAAAUGGCUUUGUAGGAAAAAUAGUGUUUUGGACAUUCAGGUCAACCAAUCACACCCUAAUGAGGGAAGGUUCUUGUUUCGUGAAUUUAUACGAGGUAUGUACAUUGUGUUGUUUUCAAGGUACGGAAGUUGGCAGUUUUACUGAGUAAUGAAAAAUGGUCCAGACAUCCCUUUUGAGUGCAGCAGAGGACAUAUCAAAUCCACUGGAACUUUGCAUUAGAAUCAGGAAAUUCAUUUACAUUGAUACAGACAAUGCUACAAGAGUCAGGAGGUCUUUAUUCUUAAACAAUAAAGAAAAGGAAUAAAAAUGCUGAAGCUCCAUUUGUCUUCUUUUCAUGAUUAAUUGUUGACUUCAAGAUUGCUCUGGUAGUGAUUCAGUAUAUGCUCUAUUGUACAGUAUAUAAUAGAAUCACAGAAUUGUACAGUUAGAAGAGACCCCGGGGUCAUCUAGUCCAUGCAAGGGAGAAUCUUCAUUAUCUGCCCUGCUAUAGAACUAAUCGACCCAAAAAUAAAUAGAUAAGUGAAUAAAUUUAUCUAUAUAGUACCAGCAAAAAUUAAGCAAUACGGAAAAUAAAGCUUUAUAAUUCUAUAAUAAGAUAUUGCAGUGUUGCUUUUUAUAAGCAAAUAUUUACAAAAUCAAUGUUAUAAUAUUUGAUCCUGCCUGAUCACUACCAUGUACAAGGAUCAGAUGGAGAAGUGACUUGUGUGAACAAUACGUUCACCAUACAUUCAAAGCACAUUUAAAUAACAGAAUCCUGGCUCAAGUAGUUUGCCCCUCACAGUACUACAAUUCCCAGCACCCGUAACAAACUACUGCUCCCAUUAUUCUUGUUUUGGAGGGGAGAAUGUGAUUUAAACGGAUGGCGUGCUUGCUGCCUAGAACUCCCACAGAUGUACUCUCACUUCUGUUUCCAUGAGCAGAGCACUUUCAGAAAUGAUUCUUCAAGAUAACAUAUGUUUCUUUGACAAUUGUCAUAUUGGCUAUAUUCACCCCAUGCUUUCAAAGCACAUCCCCACUCACUCCCAAAGAAUCAUGGGAAAUGUCAUUUGGUAAUGGUGCUGAGGAUUUUAGCUUCCCAGAGAAGCAUAGCCUGGAGUUCCCAGGAUUCCUUGAGGGGAAAUGUGCUUUCAAUGACAUGGUGUGCAUGCAGCAGCCUGCCUCCAUCAGUUGUGUCUAGUCAACACCAGGGUGUUAUCUAUCUAUUUUUACAGGAGGCAUGCUUAACAUUUUGCAUCCCAUGCCUGACUGAUCUUCCCAGACCCUUCACCUCAGCCACAUCGAGAAAGCACAAUGUGCAAGGGUGUGUAGGGCUUUACAUAACACCCCAAAGCAGUGCUGACCUUAGAAAACUACUGUAUCUACACUACUUAGCUGCAUGGCUUUCAUUGACUCCAUCUUUCGUAUCACCACUAUCGGGUUUAGCUUUUCAACUUUCCAUACGUUUGUCAGGAAAAGAACAUCUGUAUUAAUGUAAUCUGGCCUAUGUGACAAUGCUCCGUUGCCCAUGACCCCUCGCUUCGUUUCCCUGACCCUAAUUAGCAUAGUCCCCCCCCCCGAUAUCUUCCUAGAACCCUUCUCCCUGACAUCUAGUUCACACUAGGGUUUAAAGCCUAAAUCAAUUAAGCCCAAAAUAUCGGAAAGACCACCUUCUUUCCUAGGUUUUAUGAAUGGUAGAGUGGACCCUCUUGGUAGUUCCACCUUCCUCAGGAACUUGGGGUGGUGGCGGCCCAGGAGAUGGCAUCCUCUGUGGCAGCCCCUAAGUUGUGGAAUUCCCUCACAGAGUUAUGACUUGCAUAAAUCAGUUGGCCCAUAGUAAAGCAGGGGUUUCUUUUGGUUUUCGCAUGGGAUAAGAGCAUUGAAUCAGGUGAGUCUGAUUGAACGCAACCCGAAAGAGUCCCACUUACAGACUAGUGAGCUUCCUGUUCCUGCUUUAAUGUCAUGCUACUUCCUGUUCUUUUCCGUUCCUUCCUGUUUCUGAAUGUUCCAAAGAGAAGAUGGGGAAAGCCCAGUCUCUCCCAUCUUCUCCUGAAAUAAAACUACUGCCACUUUGCCAAAGUCUGCACUAGAGCGAUAUCGCCAAGAGCCAAGCAAUGGUAGACCUUCCAUAGAUAUUUUUGACCUGGAAAUUAAUUUGACAGUAGAGUGGCCCACAUAUUAGGGCACUCUGACUAGUGUGAUUUUUGCAUCCAAGGGUCCUCAUUUUAAGAUUUUUAAAAUGCAAAAGAAUGACUCAUUCGUGGCUGAGGGUGCUACUUUGAAUUUUUAAAGAAGAAAUGAAUUGCACUGGGUAUUAUGAAACCAUUUUAGCGCUCACAUUUCUGCUUCGUGUGCUAAUGUCUCCCUUUUUGUCAGCCUGACCCCCUGUAUUAAGAGAUGUCCAUAAUUUAAAAGAAUCCACCAUUCCAUACAAAAUGAUGAGCCGUCACAGCUCAACCAUGUCCCCUAUUUUAAUAUAACAUGGUGACAGCCCUAUGAAUAUCAUACUUCCCUUAUAGACAUAUAUUUAUCCAGUACUAAGGGCAUGACAUUUCUGUACUAAAUCUAGGUUUUGGAAAUUUUUGCAGCCCCGGAAAGUACCCACUAUCAUCACAUUGUGCUCCUAAGUCUCUGCCCUGCACUAUUCAUCUAUUCAAGGAGACCACGAUAUACCAUACCCCAAAUGGAUCUCCUGCCCCCAUCCUACCAAUAAUAACCUCAGGGAUACAGGAUACAUACGUAUAGAUAAAGGGACCCCUGACCAUUAGGUCCAGUCAUGACCGACUCUGGGGUUGCAGCACUCAUCUCGCUUUAUUGGCCGAGGGAGCCGGCGUACAGCUUCCGGGUCAUGUGGCCAGCAUGACUAAGACACUUCUGGCGAACCAGAACAGCGUACGGAAAUGCCGUUUACCUUCCCGCCGGAGCAGUACCUAUUUAUCUACUUGCACUUUGAUGUGCUUUCAAACUGCUAGGUUGGCAGGAGCAGGGACCGAGCAACGGGAGCUCGCCCCGUUGCGGGGAUUCGAACCGCCGACCUUCUGAUUGGCAAGUCCUAGGCUCUGUGGUUUAACCCACAGCGCUACCCGCGUCCCUCUACAGGGUACAUAAUACUGCACUAAUAACAACCCAAUGAAAAAAGCCCAUAUUUCAUAUUUGAGUGGGUUAACUAUAUGGCAGGUAUGCAAUUAGUCACUUACCUGGUCACCUGGAGUAAGUGGGAAAAUAUUCCAGGUAACCAGACAGACCCAAUCCCCACCACUAGCAAAAAACCAUUCCCCCCCCCAAAAAAAGUGUUUCCUAACCUGUAGCUCACAAGCAAACCCAAAUAAUUAUUGCCUAUAAUCUUAAACCGGUAGGAUGAAUGCCUCUUACAACUGUUUGUUUUGUUGGCAUAUUAUAAAGCUGCAUUGCCACUUGUAACCGAAUCUCAGAAAGGCUCGAGCCUUAGCUUUUAAAAACCAGAGAACGUUCUCCAGUGGUUGGCAGGAGAGAAGACCUAAGGCCCAAAAUUCACAUGACUAAAAUCCGAUGGGUCAUUGCAUGAAGUAAAUUUGGGCUUGUGGGUCCAUACUAAAAGAGUUUGAGAAUCAUUGUCCUAAAGGAGCUUCUGGAAGCUUUCAACCAAAGGAUUAGUGGGCCAACUCAUAUUGUUUUUUCCCUCACCGACCCCUUAGAAUAGGCUCACGGUAUUGUGAGUAGCGUUGUAUUGACAGUAGAAACAACAACCGGCAAAAUAUUUCUGUAUAGAACGUAUAUAUAACAUACCUAUGCCCUGUUCCCUACCUGGGCUCCAGUCUUCAGUUUUGUAAACUUCCCUUUCUGAAAAUAGCACCAAGCUUCUGCUGUCUCUGAGUCCUAUGCUCAGUUUCGUUUGGGCCCUACUUCCUCCUCAGCUUUCUGCAACACGGCUCCACCUCAGGUUCCUGAUUUUGAGGGCACUGCCAACUUUGGCCCACUUGCUUUAACUGCAGUGCCUCAGCCUCUGUGAUGUUAGUGCUUUUUUGUAACAGUACAGAAUACUGCCAGCUCCAUUUUUGUUGUCUGUGGCAGUCAUUUUCUGCUGCUGCCCAUGAAGCUUUCAUCAAGUACUCGCACCAAAUUUAAUUUAUUUUUUUUACUCACAAAAAUGUUGUUGUUAAGAUUUCUUACCCACCCUUAAGUAUAGGGUCUCAGAGCAGGUAACAAUAGUACAUAAAAACACAUUAUUUAAAACAGUGAAAACAAUUUGCAACCAGAAGACUAGGGUUGGUCCUAAAAUCUCUCUUUCUCUCUCAGGUGUACAUCUUCAGCAAGGAAGGGCAAAUCUGUCGAUUUUUGCUUCUUUUAAGUUUCUGCCCCCCCCCAUCUUUAGUUCAGAUCACAUUUCCACAUCCCUUUGUGAUUUUAAAAAAAUAAAUCCUCAUGAAAAUUCAUCCACUGAAAUUUCUGAAUAUACACAUUUUGUACGCAACAUUGCAUAUUUCCCCGAAUAUUUCUAUUUUCCCUAAUAUAAUGCAAUUGUGUAUAUUAACUUUCACUCAUACAUGAUUUUUAAUGCACAGUUCAACUUAGCAUAUGCUUCCAUGUGCACAUUACUUGACUGGAGAUCUGCACUGCGAAAUUUAUAAAAGUGCAAAUUUCUAAGGUUGCUUCACAGAGUGUUUCAGAAAGUAUGAAUUAAGUAGAUUUGCCUUUACGUUUGAAGUGAAAUCAAAUUUCUGCCCCAUCCACCGUCUUUGGCAUAUGACAACAGCUAUACAAUGUAAUUGGCUUUCUUACAAAGGAGAAAAGAUUUGCACCUUGCUUUUAAAACAUGUUGCUUCCCCCAAAGAAUCAUGGGAACUGUAGUUUCUGAAAGGUGCUAGGAAUUAUGUGUGAGGGGAAACUACAAUUCCCACGAUUCUUUGGGGAAGUUGUGUGCCUUAAAUGUGCAUUAGAGAUGCUUUAAAUGUAUGGGCUCUGUCCUAGGCAGACUUGCCUGGAAAGAACCCCCAUUUAACACAGUGGAAAUUACUUACAAGUAGACAUGCCUAGGAAUGUGGUGUAACUCUAAAAACGGCUUUAAAAUGUUUUCUGUGUGGUUCCUCAUAGCUGUAUCUGUUAAGAAAAACAUAAGAUAAUCAUAAGUAACCGUAAAAGCAAGCAGCAAGCAACUGUGAUUUAUUGGGAUGUAUUUCUGUCACACAGAUCAGGCGAGGGGAAAAACCUUAAAGAAUCUGUAUGGUUUGUUAGCAUAUAUCUGAGACUGAACCAUUGCCAAGUGAUUCAAAAUCAGGCUGUUUCGUAUUAAAUAUGAAAUAGCAAAACUAAAAAUACAUUAUUUGGUGAAACAUGCAGAUUUAGGCCUAGAAAAAUUCUUAGUUCUGGCAAUUCAGAGCUGAACUACACGCGGUGCAGAAUCUUGAUCUACAGUUUUUCUUGGAUGUAAUCUUUUCAGAUGACAAUGAGUGGGUAGGAGAAGGGAACUGCUGUUCCAUGUAGCCAUUAUUCCCCACAAAACAAAACCUAGUAUGAAGGCUGGAAGGUUCGUUUCCACUACAUGCUAGUUUAUUGUAUGGGGACCAUUUAUUCAUACAUUCUAUUUCUAGACCAUACAUCAACCAAAAUUAUCUGGUUUCAGUAGUUGAAACCCAAGAAGCCAUACGAAUUCUGGGAAGGGAAUGUGGCACUGAAUAUUGGAAAGGCAGAAAUGGUAACAUGCACAGGAUCCAAGAGAAGACAAUGACAGUGCAUAAAAGGAAAUAAAUACAUAAAAAUCAGGCGGCCGAUGUAUAAAUGGGUCCCAUGAUUCACUUCUGUGAAGGGCCUCAUGUUUUUUUCUCCCUCCAAUACUUCCCAGACCUGGUGUUUGAGUCUGAAAUGGCCUCAGGACUGCCAAAUAGCAGUGACAGCUGCAUCUUCAUGUAGAUACUUUCUUGAGGCCACAUUUUCCUAGAUUUGCCUUGAAUGUGUGUCUAAACCAACAACAACAACAACUCUCAGCUUGUUUCAACAACACAUUUACCUGUUUUAAAAUUCAAAUAUUGGGAUGUAAGUGGGAGAAGUGAAGGUGCUGUUGCUACAGGGUUUGCAUUCCUUUCCCCUCCCCAUUCCUCUUUCCUUUUGUAUCGUUACCAAUUUGAUAUUUUACUCAGAACUGGUCCAUGGCAUUUUGCUUCCUGAAGCAAAAGACAAGAGGGAUCCCAUUCUCAAUUCCAGAACAAUUUAGGUAGUAUAGAACUGUGAAUAAUAACAACAAACUAACAAAACAACAAACAACAAAAGUUUGCUCGCAUGACUAUUCAAGUACUUUGCGAUCAGAAAGUCGUCUUCUGGUUUAUCAAGUCAGGCAUUUUUUUCUACCUGAAUGAUAAUGGGUUGUUGUUUUUGUCGCUUGAUAGAUACUGUGAUAAUGUCAGACAAAUAAAGCUAUGAUUGCUUUCAAGAAAGUGUGGGUAGAACAAUCCUGCUUCUAUGAUUUUCAUACAGGAAGGAUGUAGGUGGCACAUCUAGAAACCUUCUGAGACCUCUGCUUGGCAACUGUGCUUAACUUUUCAGCAAAAUGUGCCAUAGUGCUGCUGCUUCUACAUGCUAUACAAUGCCCAAAUCAUCAAUAAUGUACUUUAAUGCAGCAAACAUUUGGAAGUUUCAACCUUUGUCCAACAAUAGCUAUUUUGGUGAAAAGGCACAUUUGAAAGAAUGUCGUAAUGCAAGUCUCCACAGAUGGAGUAUUUCAGCAAAUAAGCACUAACUGUAAUGUUUAGAAAGAGGGACAACUAUGAUAUUAAGGAGGGACUAUAGAAUGAUCUCUGACCUGGAAGUUCCUCCUUUCUUAUUACAUCCUUCCUGCGAAUGAUUAGAGAACUGCCAAGGGUCAGAACUCUGUGAUCAUCCCACGAUAAUGAUAAAAUACCUUGGUACCUUGGUUCUUGAACGUAAUCUGUUCCAGAAGUUGGUCCGACUUCCGAAAUGUUCGAAAACCAAGGCACAACUUCUGAUUGGCUGCAGGAUCUUCCUGCACUCAAGCAGAAGCUGUGUCGGACGUUUGGCUUCCGAAAAACGUUCAAAAACCGGAACAUUUACUUCCGGGUUUUCGGCGUUUGGGAGCCGAUUUGUUUGUUAACUAAGCCAUGCAAGAACUUAAAUGAAUACAGUAUUUUAUAUAAUGGCUUCACAACAUGAAGUAUUUUAUUUGUAAUGCCACAUCAACCCCUCUAAGGGGGUCAUAUUGAAGAUCUGGGCUCAGGCUGAGAGAAAGCUGUCUCCCUAAGACCACCUAGUUGAAUUUAUUUUAUUUAUUUCAUACAAUUUAUGAAACCUGUGACAGGGUUUUCUGUGUACAGGGAAUGGUUUGUUUUGAAAUGCUGGAAGAUUCAAUCAUGUGAGCUCCCACUUGGAAAUUGAAGUGGUACCAUCAAGACACAGGUAUUCCAUCUCAGCUCCCAUUUGUGAAAAUGGACCUAUAUCACAUCCUGAAGUUGUUCAAGAUAUUAUUAUAAAAUACCCCUCACAUUCUGCUUGAAAUGCAGUGUAAACCAUAGUAAAGGUAAAGGUAAAGGGACCCCUGAUCAUUAGGUCCAGUUGUGACCGACUCUGGGGUUGCGGCGCUCAUCUUGCUUUAUUGGCCGAGGGAGCCGGUAUACAGUUUCCGGGGCAUGUGGCCACCAUGACUAAGCUGCUUCUGGCGAACCAGAUCAGUGCACGGAAACGCCGUUUACCUUCCCGCCGGAGCGAUACCUAUUUAUCUACUUGUAUUUUGAUGUGAUUUCGAACUGCUAGGUUGGCAGGAACAGGGACCGAGCAACGGGAGCUUGCCCUGUCAUGGGGAUUCGAACUGCCGACCUUCUGAUCGGCAUGUCCUAGGCUCUGUGGUUUAACCCACAGCGCCACCCGCGUCCCAACCAUAGUAUAAACCCUCCUAAAUUGUAACAUUUAGCUUUAACUAAACUGUCUUCUUUUCCCAAUUUUCAAAAGCUUCCCUUUUAGAUUUUAAUACAGUGGUAGCUCUGGUUAUGAACUUAAUUCGUUCCGGAGGUCCGUUCUUAAGCUGAAACCGUUCUUAUCCUGAGGCACACUUUCGCUAAUGGGGCCUCCCACUGUGCGUGCGCCUCCAGCGCACGAUUUUCAUUCGCAUCCUGGAGCAAAGUUCGCAACCAGGAGCAGCUACUUCCGGGUUAGCGGAGCUCAUAACCUGAAGCGUUUGUAACCACUGUACCACUGUAUUGGGCUUUCUUGCAGCUUGAUGGCAUGCCUGAGUUGUUGCUUUGUCAUGCCUAGAGCCCCAGGGAACCCAAAAAAUCACCCAUUAUUGCCACAUUUUCUUUUGCCCCCCCCUUGCUUUUUUACUUUCUGUAUCAGGUUGCCAUAAAAAUGGUAAUUGUGUUAGGGAGGAACCAUACCUAGUCAGAAUUGUUAGCAGGGUCACUUGAUGGAGUCCAGAGAGAAAAGAACCUGAUUACAUAUUAUUGGGUAAAUUGAACAAAAAUGGUAUAUAAUUUGAGGUGAAAGGAACACAGAGGUUUUGUCUUUCUUACUUCAGGCCUUGUACAUAGCAGGAAGUCAUUCAGCCGAACAUACAGAGGGGAAGAAACCCCCAGAACUACACAGCCAAUCUGGGCAUGUGCUACUUCAGUAAGCAUCACGCCACUCAGCGUGGUUGCUAAGCAGCAGCCAUUCUGCUCUUAGCUAGUUGACUUUAACACAUUCAAAAUUAACUGUUAAGUUACAUAUGUAACCAUCUCUGGUGUUGCACUUCUAACAAGAACUAUGUAUUUCAUUGUAUGGACAGGGGUUGAGAAGGCGCAAUUGAUCAGGACUUCCAUUGUGUUUAUACCAACCAUCACAUGGCAUGAAUAGCAAGUAAGCUUCAUGCUGUUGCAUCCCUGGAUGCCCUUCUCACGAAACCUUAAAGUGCGGGCGCACUGCAACAAUUCACCCGUCUCGGUGCAAAAGACAUUUAUUCAUUUGUGAGCUUACAAGCAGCACAACGAAUGAGACGACGGCUUGCUAAGGACUGCAAGCUGACACACGCUCUUUACAACUGCGUAGGGUCUGCAAGCGGCAGAUAAAAUUAACAUAGCCACAUCCGGCAGCCCUUCGCCGUUUGAGCUGGAAGUCAUGUGUCAGGAAACAAAACCAGUUCACAUGCGAAGAACCACAUACACACAUAUGAAGCUACACUUGUUUCUUCAGUGCGGUGUUCAGUGAAAAUGAAAUAUUCCUCCAUUUGAGCUCCUCAUUUUUUUUAAAGUGUCCCACUUUAUAUUUUACCCAAAUAUUAUUUUCAUUUCAUAUCUACAGUAAUCUAAGUAAGCUGUAAGAAUGUGUGUGUAUCUUCUGUUGUCUAAAUGAUUAUAGAGCCCACCUGCAGGUGAUAUAUCCCCCCCCCCAAUGCUUUUUACCGAAAUGCAUAACCCUUCCCCUGUUUAUUUACAUCUGGGCAGCGGAGCAGGACUUCCUUGUACUGUGCUCAGGCGGGAACUAUUUGCAAAAGCUGCAAAGUGGUUUGUGAACUGGUGACGUGCCAAUGGAAUUCUUUCUUCUCCUUCUCCUUCUCCUCUGCCUCCUCCUUCUGCAAAGCAAGGCCAGAGCUUUGCAGAGCAGACAACUGAAAAUUUAAAAUAUCUUCCUGAAAACUUAAAAAGUUUGAGUAAUGCUCGAUUGUCCUCUUUAGUAAGCUUAAUCGGCAGAGGAAGAGGCUAACUCUCAAGGUGACUCAUCUCAGUAGGAGUAGGGACUUGGCCCCUUUGGCAAUUUUUUGGUUGUUCCUUCUCUCAAUUUUGAGCUAAGAAGAAGAAGAAGAAGAAGAAGAAGAAGAAGAAGGGGGGCGAUCAAACCAAAGUUAAGCACUUGUAAGGUCCACUGAUUUCAAAGAAAGAAGGCAUAGCCAACCCAUUGAAAUGAAUGGGAUUUAGACAAGAACAUUGGCUACACUGUAGUCUAUACUGCUAACCCUCUUACUUGUGGAGUUGGAAAAGGAAAUAUAUAGGCAAGUAUCCUUCAGGAAAGAGACUUCAAAUUGCUCUGUGCCUGGCACUGAAUUGAAAUAUUUGUUUGAUUACAGUUAUUUAACUUGAAGCCAUUUGCUUGUCUGCUUUUUAAUUGUUUUGUACUGACUUUUGAUGGCAUUCCCCAUCAGCACCCAGAACACCCAGCCGAAUACCGGGACCAAAAUAGACAGACGAGGGAGUGGAGUGUUCAACAUUGGUCAGAAGGCCUGCGGAACUCCCUGCCAAUAGAGGUUCAGCAAGGAACCUCUAUUGUCCCUUUCUCCAUACAACUUUUUGGAAAACCAUAUCAUUCAGAAACGGCCUUGCAACAUAACUUUUCUCUUUUUAAUGAAUCCGUAUUUAUUGACAUUUUAUUGAUUUCUUAAAGUAAGGUUUCCUGGAUACUUUUUUGCCGAUUUCAUCCUUUUAUGUUACAGACCACCAGGAUAUUUUUUUUUAAGAAAGCGUAAAUUGCAAAUAUGUAAAUGAACUAAAUAAAUACAUAAAGGCAACAAAGGCAAAGGCAGGCUACAUUUGGAAAAUACCUUUUCCUUUACAUUUCUAUACCUGAUAAUUUCUGCAUUUUGUGCAAUCUUUCACGCAACAUGACAGCCGCUUCUGGAAAUUUAGUGAUAGUUUAUCACUCAUUUCUGCGUUGUUUCCGGGGGGGGGGGGACGUGUUUGCAACCCCAUCAACUCAGAAAAUUGCAGUGUUUUCAAAUUUGGGGUGAUAUACUGGCACACGUUUCUUUACUGAUCAAAAAGCCAUUGUUCUGUAACACAACAGAUUACUGGCGGUGAUGUGCAGUCCGUGAACUAGGGGAAUUAGGAUAGUCCCCAUAAUAUUCCCUUGCUGCCUCCUUCCCAAAGCCCUGGAAGCUUCUUCCCGGCUUAGGGAGGGAAGUGCAAUGCUCUGACAUGCUCAGGUGUGCGACAUCAGGAUGUCACGCACGCAGUGUACAGUGGUACCUCGGGUUACAUAUGCUUCAGGUUAGAGGCUCCGCUAACCCAGAAAUAGUACCUCGGGUUAAGAACUUUGCUUCAGGAUGAGAACAGAAAUCGUGCUCCGGCAGCGCGGCGGCAGCAGGAGGCCCCAUUAGCUAAAGUGGUGCUUCAGGUUAAGAACAGUUUCAGGUUAAGUACGGACCUCUGGAACGAAUUAAGUACUUAACCCGAGGUACCAGGUAUAUCGUGCCGCCAGAGCACGAUUUUUGUUCUCAUCCUGAAGCAAAGUUCUUAACCUGAAGCACUAUUUCUGGGUUAGCAGAGUCUGUAACCUGAAGCGUAUGUAACCUGAAGUGUAUGUAACCUGAGGUACCACUGUACUUAACCCGAGGUACCACUGUAGAAGGGACAUUAGGAAUCAGGACAGAAGUGCUCGCAUUACCAUCAGCAAAACUAACCCAAUAAACUCCACAUCAGAAUGCAGCCACAGUGCACCUGUAUUGGCCUACUGGGUGUUUAACAACCUCCCCGCCCCCUGGUUUUUUCCAGCGCUGAGCAAACAGGAAAAGCAAGAGUUUUAUCAUUUCCUGGAGGAGGCAUUGCAUAUAGCAGCUCCCCAGCUCUGCAGGCCUGCCCUUUAAGAGCAAAGCGCUCGCUUCUUCACCGAAUGUUCCCACACAUUCUUACUGGGAACUAACGCAAGAAAGAUUUGCUUGAAGCUGUUCCCUUGAAUCAGAGUUGCCUGCAGUCAAACCUCCUCAGCUUUAAUGAAGAGAAGCAUUGCAAGUCCAUUAAGACGAGAAUUUGUAAAGAAGUGAAUACCAUUAUAUAUAUAUAUAUAUAUAGAGAGAGAGAGAGAGAGAGAGAGAGAGAUUUACCUGCUUAGGAUAGUCAGGAAAAAACUUUAGUCCUCCACAGAUGUUCCUCUGCUGUUUUAUGGCAGCAUUUUAUCAGGGUUUAUUUUCUUGGCAGUCUUACCGGUAGCGCUACUGCCAAACAUUUAGCUUUGUAGCUACAAACCGAGGUUUGUUUUGUUGAUAAAACAAAUAGCACUGAUGUCCUCUUCCUUGUAAUAGUUUGCUCUCUCUCUCUCUCUCUCUCUCUCUCUCUCUCUCUGUCUGUCUCACCGGUAAUAACUGAAAUGCCACUGUACACCUCUGAAAUAGCUUGUUGUCAAGGUCAGGAAAGAUGUUUACAGGUCGGUUGAAUUCCCUAGCUCAUGUACCUCAAUGCUGUCUCUGAGACAGGAGGGUAACUGGAGCAUGUAAUCACAUGUUCUCCCAGCUAUUGCCCGAAGGCUUUAUCUGGGGCCUAAAGUAUAGGCUUUUUAAAGUCCACAGCUGACUUUCAAAGACUCGGCCACUCUUACAGAUUCUGUACCUAAGUAGGCUUUUAAAAAAGCAACCUUUUAUUUUCCCUCACCUGCUGCAGUCUUUCAGACCAAAGUAUGGAAAUAAACAGUGCUCCCCCCCCUAAAAAAAUGUUUAGGGGUACUCUGAUUUUCCUACUCAUAUUGAAAUACUGCUCUUCAAUGAGGUCAAACUUAGAUUCACAAAAUGUUUAGGGAUAUGCGGACCCCUGCAUCCCCCCAGAAAAAAAGCACUGGAAAUAAAUAAAAUGCAACUCAUUGGAUAAGAUUCUUAAGGGAGUGCAGACCAAGUGUGCUUUUUCUUCUUGUUAAUUGUGCUUUUUAUCGGUUGAGCUUAUAUAUAUAUGAUUGAACUAGUAGCUACAGUGAGUUUUAGAAAAAGUUUUUUUUUCAAAACAAUUUUUGUGACUGUAGAUAUCUGUAUCUCUUUAUGGAACAAUGUCCCAUUAAUUGCAAUGAGAAAUAUUUACACACACUAUUACGGACCCUCCAAGAAUCCCUAUUUUCCAGGGACAGUCCCUGGAAGCUGUCCUGGUUUCUGAUUUGAUCCCGGAGUAUCUGACUUUUCCUUAGGAAAAGUAUUGGUGGGUAGGAAAUGUUAGAGGGUAUGGAGUUAUGUGACCCCUGAGCCAAGAAGAUAAGUAAUUAUAUAACUGUUAGAAGACUUCUGAAGGCAGCCCUGUAUAGUGAAGUUUCUUUUUAAAAACUUUAAUGUUUUAUUAUGUUUUUAUAUAUGUUGGAAGCUGCCCAGAGUGGCCAGGGCAACCCAGCCACAUGGGCGGGGUAUAAAAAAUAAAGUUGUUGUUGUUGUUGAAUAGGAUGUCCCUAUUUUCAUUGGAGAAAUAUUGGAAGGUAUGCUAUUAUACACAUGCUUACUUGUCUCACUGAAAUCCAUGAGAAGUAGAAAUGAUUUGCUUUGACUGGUUCAUGCCCAUUUCAUACCCUCCAACAAUUCUCCAAUGAAAAUAGGGACAUCCCAUUCCAUAAUGAUAAUUUUACUAUUUGUUCCCCACACAUCAAACUGGGUUGCCCCAGCCACUCUGGGCGGCUUCUAAACAUAUAUAAAAACAUAAUAAAAGAUUAAACAUUAAAAAAAACCUUCCCAAUAUAGGAUUGCCUUCAGAUGGCUCGGGGGUGAGUUGGGAUAAUUCCAUACCUUCCAACAUUUCUCCAAUGAAAAUAGGGACAUCCUAAGGAAAAGCGGGACAUUCCAGGAUGAAAUCAGAAACUGGGACGGCUUCUCUAAAUCAAGGGUGUCCCUGGAAAAUAGGGACACUUGGAGGGUCUGCCAUUUAUGUAUUUUAAGGCAAAACCCAGAAAUUUGCUGCACUUGCUUUGCUGUGGCUGAGAAACCUAGGAUGUUUGCAAGAGGGUAAAAUGAUAUCUUUCCUCUAACCCCAUCACUGUGCCUUUGUAUGAAUGAGCAGGUGCUAGAUAUCUAUCAGCCAGCAAAGGUUAGGUACUUUCUUCAGAAAUCUGGGUCAUGAUAAACAGAUAAGACUGGCAAUGUGGUUUAGAGAGCCCUGUUUCCUGGUGACACGAUGGCUGGGAAUCAGAUGCAGAGACGGCAAGGGCUGCUGAAGGUUCCAUUAAGCUCGGAACAAGAAAUGGUGGGAUCCCGAGUGACAGCUUGUUGGAAAACAAAGUUCUUGUACGAGCUUUGAUGUAAUGGUAUCUUUAUUGCCGUUGAGAUCAUUCCUUGGCUGCUUUGGACAUUUCAGAGCCUUCAAAGGAUUACAACAGGGAGAGGAUUUGCAUUGUAACGGCGUUGCUGUUGCAGAACAGCAAUGAUAAGUCUGAAUUGUCUGUUCAGAAUGAAGACUGUCAUGUGUCCCCCAUCUGACUCCUCCUCUCCACUUUUUUUACUGCACAGACAAUGAUAAAUUAAAGAAGCUGUACUGCCUGUUGAAUCAGGGGCAGUCCAUUAGCAACACAGAGACCAGAUCUGGCCCACAAAGCAUUUUAUCUGAUUCCAAGUGGCUCUACCAAAAUUUAAUUAAGGUGUGGUUAAAGUUCACUCACACAGCAAAGAAAAUGUUUCAUAAUGUGUGUGUGUGUGUGUGUGAGAGAGAGAGAGAGAGAGAGAGAGAGAGAGAGAUACCAUCCUGUAAUGUUACCACCCUUCUUUAAAGUAUUAAAAUAUAAAAAGGUAAAGGUACCCCUGACCAUUACGUCCAGUCGUGGCCGACUCUGGGGUUGCGGCGCUCAUCUCGCUUUGUUGGCUGAGGGAGCCGGCGUACAGCUUCCGGGUCAUGUGGCCAGCAUGACUAAGCCGCUUCUGGCGAACCAGAGCAGCGCACAGAAACGCUGUUUACCUUCCCACCGGAGCGGUACCUAUUUAUCUACUUGCACUUUGACAUGCUUUCAAACUGCUAGGUUGGCAGGAGCAGGGACCGAGCAACGGGAGCUCACCCCAUUGUGGGGAUUCGAACCACUGACCUUCUGAUCAGCAAGUCCUAGGCUCUGUGGUUUAACCCACAGCGCUUAAUUACAUUCUUCCUUCAAAGCGUUUGGAGGCAAUGCACAUAAUUCUCUCACACCCUUCAAUUUUAAUCUCACACUAGCUGAAUAUGCAACAUACAUUAAAAGACAUAAUUUAAAGAACCCCCAAGAACAGUAAUUUAACCCUCACAGAACUGUGAUUUCCAGUACCUUAACAAACCACAGUUCCCAAAAUAUCUUUGGGGGAAGCCAUGUGCCUUAAAUGAAUGGUGUGUGCGUCCAGGCCAUGUCAAGUGAAGCUAGUUUAGAUUGGUGACUGGCCUUAGAGCACCCAGUGUGGCUGAUUGGGGAUUUAAAUGCUAUUCUUCCCAGUCCUAGGCCAACAGUCUAGCCCAGGGGUUGGGGAAACUUUUUUGCCUAGGAUGACAGCGAUUACCAGGGUUUCAGACAGGGGGAGUUCCCAGCCCUACCUGAAGAUGCUGGGGAUUAGAUCUGGGACCUUCGGCAUGCAAGGAGAUGCUCCCCCACUAAACUACAGCUGAUAUUGUUAGAAUUUCAACUAUAGUUGAAUAUUGCUAAAUAGAAUGUUAGUUCAACAAAUUCCAUCUUCUGAAAUUAUAUUCCAACAGAAUAUUAAAACAGGAUGAAACAUCAACACGUUAAAAACAUCCCUAAACAGGGCUGCCUUCAGAUGUCUUCUAAAAGUCAGAUAGUUACUUAUUUCCUUGACAUCUGAUUGAAUGGCGUUCCACAGGGCGGGUGCCACCACCAAGAAGGCCCUCUGCCUGGUUCCCUGUCACCUCACUUCUCGCAGUGAGGGAACCACCAGAAGGCCCUCAGAGCUGGACCUCAGUGUCCAGGCUGAACGAUGGGGGUGGAGACGCUCCUUCAGGUAUACUGGGCCAAGGCCGUUUAGGGCUUUAAAGGUCAGCACCAACACUUUGAAUUGUGCUCAGAAAUGUACUGGGGGCCAAUGCAAGUCUUUCAGGACCGGUGUUAUAUGGUCUCGGCAGCCACUCCCAGUGACCAGUCUAGCUGCCGCAUUCUGGAUUAGUUGUAGUUUCCGGAUCACCUUCAAAGGUAGCCCCACGUAGAGUGGAUUGAAGUAGUCCAAGCGGGAGAUAACUAGAGCAUGCACCACUCUGGCGAGACAGGAAGCACCAGGAGUCAGGAAAACGCCAAUAAUUGUAUGUACAGUGGUACCUUGGGUUAAGAACUUAAUUUAUUCUGGAGGUCUGUUCUUAACCUGAAACAACACUUUAGCUAAUGGGGCCUCCUGCUGCCACUGCGCCGCUGCUGCAUGAUUUCUGUUCUCAUCCUGAAGCAAAGUUCUUAACCCGAGGUAAUAUUUCUGGGUUAGUGGAGUCUGUAACCUGAAGCAUAUGUAACCUGAAGCGUAUGUAACCUGAGGUACCACUGUGUUUAUGAAGAACAAAACAGCAGCUAUGUCUUCCUACCCCAGGCAAGACUAAAGGCCAGUUCCCAUUGAGCUCUGGAAGAAACAACCAGAGAGGGAAAGAGAAGUUUCUUUUACAGGCUAGGCAACACACAACACAUACACACAACAACAACAACAACAUAGGCCUGGUUUAAAUAAAAACCAGCAUAUGGAUCCACUCUUAUUCAUCUGGGCCUGACAGGGCAACUUACUGUCAUCUGAGGUACAAGCAAACGUAGGUAACAUAAAUGCUCUGAGUUUGUAGCACAGGGUUUGAAUCAGGAAGCUCGCGACUACCCUGGAGAAGUUGUGGUUUUAGCACAGAGUGGGUCGAUGCCUUUAGCAUGCUGGUGCUAUGGAAACCGAGUUUCGCCACAGAGAAGAACUCGCGUACUAAACCACAGAGCGCUGCACACCCUCUUCCUUUUUUUAUGCAGCCUCCCGAAGAAGAAAAACAGAAGUCGGCAAAGCGAAACCACAAAUGAAGGAGGCCUUUGCAGCAAUGCUAUGCUAAUGGCCUGAUAUAAUGGGGGUCAGAUAAUGGGAAACUCUCACAAUGGACACGGGGUUGCAACAGAGUGGACAUAUAAUUUCAGUUCCUAAGAAAAGGGAUGGCAGCCAGAUGCCCUAGUGUGGAAGUUUAAAUGCUUAAUGAAGAUCGGAGCAACUUGUGAACCUCGAAGCCAAAUACGGGCUGUCAGUCAUGUACAGAAGGCGGCCGCGCCCCCAUUUCGCCCCGCCCCUGUUCCACCCUGUUCCGCCUCCUUUUCCUGCCACUUCCAUAGCGAUGUACAUGUGCUAUGGUUGCUGCCUGUAUUACAUUUGAGAAAACUGCUUUGCGAAAAUGUGUACAUUAGGCAAAAUUGCAUGCAAAAAUAAGUUAGGUAAAGGGACUCCUGACCAUUAGGUCCAGUCGUGACCGACUAUGGGGUUGCGGCGCUCAUCUUGCUUUAUUGGACGAGGGAGCCGCCGUUUAUCCGCAGACAGCUUCCGGGUCAUGUGGCCAGCAUGACUAAGCCGCUUCUGGUGAAACCAGAGCAGCACACGGAAACGCCGUUUACCUUCCCGCUGGAGUGGUACCUAUUUGACAAGGUGCCUCAUGAUAUUCUUGUAAAGAAGCUGGUAAAAUGUGGUCUUGACUAUGCUACCACUCAGUGGAUUUGUAACUGGCUGACUGACCGAACCCAAAGGGUGCUCAUCAAUGGUUCCUCUUCAUCCUGGAGAAGAGUGACUAGUGGGGUGCCACAGGGUUCUGUCUUGGGCCCGGUCUUAUUCAACAUCUUUAUCAACGACUUGGAUGAUGGACUCAAGGGCAUCCUGAUCAAAUUUGCAGAUGACACCAAAUUGGGAGGGGUGGCUAACACCCCAGAGGACAGGAUCACACUUCAAAACGACCUUGACAGAUUAGAGAACUGGGCCAAAACAAACAAGAUGAAUUUUAACAGCGAGAAAUGUAAAGUAUUGCACUUGGGCACACAAAAUGAGAGGCACAAAUACAAGAUGGGGGACACCUGGCUUGAGAGCAGUACAUGUGAAAAGGAUCUAGGAGUCUUGGUUGACCACAAACUUGACAUGAGCCAACAGUGUGACGCGGCAGCUAAAAAGCCAAUGCAAUUCUGGGCUGCAUCAAUAGGAGUAUAGCAUCUAGAUCAAGGGAAGUAAUAGUGCCACUGUAUUCUGCUCUGGUCAGACCUCACCUGGAGUACUGUGUCCAGUUCUGGGCACCACAGUUCAAGAAGGACAUUGACAAACUGGAAUGUGUCCAGAGGAGGGCAACCAAAAUGGUCAAAGGCCUGGAAACGAUGCCUUAUGAGGAACGGCUAAGAGAGCUGGGCAUGUUUAGCCUGGAGAAGAGGAGGUUAAGGGGUGAUAUGAUAGCCAUGUUCAAAUAUAUAAAAGGAUGUCACAUAGAGGAGGGAGAAAGGUUGUUUUCUGCUGCUCCAGAGAAGCGGACACGGAGCAAUGGAUCCAAACUACAAGAAAGAAGAUUCCACCUAAACAUUAGGAAGAACUUCCUGACAGUAAGAGCUGUUCGACAGUGGAAUUUGCUGCCAAGGAGUGUGGUGGAGUCUCCUUCUUUGGAGGUCUUUAAGCAGAGGCUUGACAACCAUAUGUCAGGAGUGCUCUGAUGGUGUUUCCUGCUUGGCAGGGGGUUGGACUCAAUGGCCCUUGUGGUCUCUUCCAACUCUAUGAUUCUAUGAUUCUAUUUAUCUACUUGCACUUUGAUGUGCUUUCAAACUGCUAGGUUGGCAGGAGCAGGGACCGAGCAACGGGAGCUCACCCCGUCGUGGGGAUUCGAACCGCUGACCUUCUGACUGGCAAGUCCUAGGCUUUGUGGUUUAACCCACAGCGCCACCCGUGUCCCCCCCCCCAAAAGUUAUAUUGAGAUAAUUUAACUCUGAAAAGCCGAUGAAUUUUCAUGAGGUCUUCUCUCUCUCUUUUUUAAAAAUCGAAAUCUGAUGUGGAAAUGUGGAAACUGAAACUAAGGUUGAAAAAAGUGAGAAGCUGAGAGAAACUAAAAUGGACAUUGUCCAUCCCUAGGGCCAGGAGAGCUUUUCUGGGGUGGAGACUCCAUAAAGUCCUGUCUCUGUUUAUGUUCUGCCCGGUAGUCCCUCCUCCAUAAGGACAUCUGUGUGCAGCAAGGAUUAAGACCUUCCAUGCAAUUGCUCCAAGGCUGUGGAUUCCUCAGCGUGGAACGACUUUCCCGAUGAGGUUUACAACUGCUCUUGACUUGCAGUCUAUCAAAAGAAGGCCCACAACUGCUGAGCAGACACUGCUGUUGAUUGCAGUGUAUCUUGUUAGCUUUGUUUCUUAAAACAAUUAUUUGCUUUUAUUGCGUUGUGUUUUGUUUUUUUUAAAAAAUGUUGCUUUUCUGUCCAAAGCCCCUUUUGAACUUCAGAGUGGAGGGCUUCAGAAUGUUCUAAUAAAAUAAAGGGGUGAUCUGACUGAGGGGUUGUGGCCAUGGUUGUGGAGGUGUUGCACUUCCAGAUUUCAGGAGUGGGGAUGUGUGUUUGAAGCAUGAAUGUCUUGUGAAUGAGCACUGGGCAGCAGCUACAGUAGGUAUAUUGAAUGUUAUCUACUCUAGCAAUAAUCUUUUGCGCAUGAAUGAGAGCCAAGCAUAAAAAAAUCUCAUGAUUGACAAACGUACAAUGCUUUGUGCCAAAUCACUGCUUACUCAUCAAAAGAAUUUAAUGUGGUCAUUUUCUUAUUCUAAUCUGAAAAUAUUGGUGUUGAUCAAUAUUCCUGAUUUCCAUCUCUUUCCUUAAUCUCAGUGAGGUGAGCUUCCUUCCCUCUCCCCCAGUUCUGCUAAAAGCACAAACAUUCUUUUAUAUAUUGCAUGCAUUAUUAUACACAUUAUAAUACAUAUAUUAUGGGAUAUACGUCCAGGUUUUCAAAAAGUAUGCAUGUAAGGCAUUUUUGCUGAGGAAACAUACUGCACCGGGUUUGACUCUUUUAUAUGCAUCUUGCAUAUGAUAAACCUUUUUGUAUACAGUUUUGCAUGUAAUCAAACAGGCUUUUGUUUUAAAGAUCAUGCAUCUCAGAGGCAAGUGUGCUCUUGAUGUAGGAGAAGGUCUGAUGUAAGCAAAGCUCGAUUGGGUUGGAACGCCAUGCAAUGCCUAGCACAUAUCCAGCAGCCAAAUUCUGAGUAUAAACACGUUUAUAAAAGGAUUCCUCCUCUGUCCGUAGUUGCCAGGCGUGAAGCCCCAUUCAGUGCUCUGGUUUGGCUUGGCUUCUUCUCAGCAUUCCCUGCUCACAUCCUGGACGUUUAGCAUCGAAACACCUUGUGGUGUCUUUCGUUGGGUUUCUUCCCACUCCACAAACAUAUCCAAAUCACUAGAGCUGGUUCUGUUUUCUUACAACUUCUGCAGACUGAUUUAGAACAAGAAGGGUAUAUGAAGGAUCCCAUUAUUCAUUAUUUUAUAUUAUUUAUUACUUAUAUCCUGCUUUUCCUCCAAAGAGCACAAGCUUGCUGUCAGGAUGCUGACAGAGGCCCCCGGCUGGUUGCCCAGGAAAGUAUUAAAAACAAGGGAAAGUUUCUUACCAUCCUUUUUUAUUCAAUAUUUACAGAGAGAGGCUAUAGAACCCUGUCUCUUGGAUAAUGGCAUUGUCCUGAGUGAAUCUCCGCCCCUGUCUCUCCCACUUCCUCAUUCAUCACUUCUAUGGGUACUGCUACGUGCCUUGUCUUUGCUCUCCUACUUUCAAGGCUCGCCAGGUUCUGGGAAGGAUGGGGGGUCUGGAAGGCUUUCCUUUUUUUUAAUAAUAAUUUUUAUUAAAUUUACAUUUUACCAUAAUCACAAUCCUUUAAAUAAUCUCAUCACCAAAAAACAUUGCUCAAAUUGAGCUUUGACUUCCUCCCACCCCACUCUCUGGCUUUCAUAAAUAUUCACUUACAUCUUAGCAUUUCUAUAACCACCUAUUUACCUUCUUUCUAUCUUAAUAAAAUUUACCUUGUUAAUUGUAAACCAGUUCCCAAUAUUAACAUUACAAAAUAUUUUAACUCAAACCCACAAACGUUUUCAAAUGUUUACAAUGUUCUUUCAUAUAUUGUAUAAAUUUACUCCAGUCCUUUUCAAACAGUUCAUCGCGCUGAUUUCGGAUCUUCCCCGUCAGCUUUGCCAAUUCUGCAUAUUCCAUCAUUUUGAUCUGCCAUUCUUCCACUGUUGGAAGUUCUUGCUGCUUCCAUUUCUGGGCCAAGAGUGUCCUUGCUGCCGUUGUAGCAUACAUGAACAGAUUUUUAUCUUUUUUAGGAAUUUCAUCUCCAAUUAUGCCUAACAAAAACGCCUCUGGUUUUGUAUUAAAGGUGUAUUUAAAAAACCUUUUUCAAUUCAUUAUAUAUCAUGUCCCAAUGUUGGGUUGAAAUAAACGACAGACGAAUGUUGGGUUGAAAUAAACGACAGACGAAUGGCAAGUGUCAUAUGGGAGGCAUCUGCCGAGCAUGUCUCGGAAAGUCCCUUUUAUUGAAUAUUACAGCAUUGCCACAUAUGUGCUUGUUGCUGAUUGGUUAACACAAAUACAAUGCAAGGGCAUUAAUCAUCAAUAGAUUAAAGGUUGGGAAAGGGAACACAUGGUUGGACAGGUAUGAAAACCUCCUUAUUAAACUAUUACUAGUGAUUGAUAUUGCUGGACAGGUCCUUAUUAAACUAUUACUAGUGAUUGAUAUUGCAACACUUAAAGGAGCAUAACAAUCGCAUUCCGUAGAUGUGGUCAACCAUGCAUUAAGAACAGGUCAGGGUACGAUGUUUCAUGAACUCAGUGUGAACUGAACAUUCUAGGGUGGAUGAGGAAGGAAUGCUUCAGCUUCAUGUGCAGAAGCAGAACUUCCCAUCAAAUAGGCUUUAACCUUUAUACACGUCCACCACAUAUGGAAGAAAUUCCUCUCCUUCUCCUUACAUUUGGGGGUCUGGAAGGCUUUCCAAUGACACCGUGUCCAUCAGCUGUCACCCUGCUUCCUCCUUCCCCCUCCCCCUCCUCUCCUAUUAUUUCCCAACUUUCCCCCUCCUCUGCCUCUGAGCUGUGACCUCCCUCAAACCACUGUUGUAAGUCUAUAUUGUCUUCCUCUUUCUCCUCCCUGGAAAGGUCAGAGUGGGGAGGCGGUCUCCACCAUUCCUCCUCUGCCCAGUCCUUGACACUAGCACACGUCCCUCUCUGUUUGACCCCCCCCCCACUCCAUGACCCUGUGAGGUAGGUUAGGCUGAGAGAUAGGGUCCAGGGUAACCCAGUGAGCUUCAGAAGGAUGACUGAAUAUUUGAACCCGGAUCUCCCCAACCCUAGUUCAAUCAAUACAGCACCAUCUCCCUCCACCUUUUCUUUUUAAAAUAUCAGAUGCAGUUGUGUGUGGAAGCUGACUUAUAAUAAUAAAUAAUAAUAAACUUUAUACCCCUCCCUUCCUGGCCAGAGCUGAGCUCAGGGCAGCUAACACCAAUAAAAUCACAGUAAAAAACAUAAUAGGGGAAAAGGAAAAAAAGGGGGGAAAAUUAAAUACAGGUUAAAAUGCAAUUUAAAAUGCAGCCUCAUUUUAAAAGUAGCCAAUAAAUCAAGACCAUAAGGGGAGGGAAACAUAAGGGUCAGACUGAGUCCAAACCAAAGGCCAGGUGGAACAGCUCUGUCUUGCAGGCCCUGCAGAAAGAAGUCAAGUCCCGCAGGGCCCUAGUCACUUGUGGCAGAGCGUUCCACCAAGUCGGGGCCAGUACUGAAAAGACCCUGGCCCUAGUUGAGACAAAUCUAAUCACUUUGCAACCUGGGACCUCCAAAAUGUUGUCAUUUGUGGACCUUAAGGUCCUCCGCUAAAGGUGGCCAAUACCCCACCAACUUCUGGAUGGCCACAGCCAACCCCUUGCCAUCCUAUUUACAACCAGUCAGAGGGUGGCUCUGCUUGUCACUGGCUUUGCCUGUACCAUCUCCCCAUCUCCCAGGCAUAUACCCGACGGGCACUAAUCACUCCUAGUGAUCAUGAAGAACUGGUGCUAAUUUAAGAAGGUAGCCAAGAUGUGAGCUGCUGCAAAGAAGGUGCCCCGCACCAAGAUGAUCAACAAAGUUCUCCGCAACUAGUGCCCCUACAAGCAGCUGCCUGCAGAUUCAAUGAAUCAGUCCAGUUUUCCUCCUGCAGACGAGACACACUUGUCUGCUUGCCAUAUGGGGAGUUAAUUUCUCAGCCUCUCCCCAAUAGCACAUUGCUGGUGGUGUUUCUGCAGCGGUCUGUGCUGAAGCAGCAACCAGCAAACUGACCUCAAAGUGUUUGAACACAUAACAGAAAGCAAGAAUAUUCUCUUUUUUAAAAAAAAUGCAACGUUUACUAGAAGGUUUUAGGCUGUGUUCAUAUACACACACUUGCCUGAGUAUAUGCUUCAUUGUGCCUCUCUGACAAUACUGAGCUGGGGAGAACCUAGGUUCCUAUGACAUUUGAUUAGUGUACAUAUCAUCUUCACUUAUCCUCCUUGUUUUUCCAGUCACGACACUCCGCAUUGCCCUCAUGGGAGAAACCAAGUAAGACUAGGAAUGUGGCUUUAAAAAUCCAGAUGAGCACCACUGAUGAACACAGAUAAAAAAAAUUGCAUGGUGAUAAUAUAACAUUGGUGACUCUGGAUUGUGGAAGUGCUGCCAUUCCUUUACCAGUAGUACUUGUGAAGAAAUAAUAAUGUAACCUUCUGUGGACAGGAACAGCCUAGGUUUUGUUGCCUAUGCUCUGGUACCCUCUAAGUUAGGUUACUGCAAUGCUGUUUCUGAAGGUGGUUCAGAAGUGGUAGCAGGUGCACAAUCCACAACCAGAUUGUUGACCUAUGCAAAAGGAUCUGAACGUACAUCACCAAUUCUGACAAAGCUGCAGUGGCUUCUAAAUGGUUUCCUGGCCCAGUUCAAGGUGCUGGUUUUCACCUAUAAAGGCUUCUGUGACUCAAGACCCCAAGACCUCAAGGACUACCUCUCCCCACAUGAACCAACCCCAACCCUGCACUCAUCACCCAAGGCCCUUCUCCAUGUUCUCAGAGAACAGGCCUUCUCAGUGGUGGCCCCUUGCUUGUAGAAUGCUCUUCCCAGGAAGUCAUCCCUGACUCCAUCAAUACCUGUCUCCAGGUGCCAGGCAAAAAUGUUCCUUUUCUGCUAGGCCUUUGGCCUUCAAUUAUCUGUGGCUUCCUUCGUGGGUAAAGUGGGUUAAUCCUUCUUUUUUAGAUAUAAAUAUGGAUGAGUUUUAGCUUUUACUCUCUUUUAGUUUUAUAUUGCUUUUAAUUUGUAUGCUGCUUUUUGUAAGUUGCUCUGACUUACUUUUUGUAAAAUAACUAAAUAAAAAAGUGACUACCAAGCUGAAUUAAUAAUAAUAUGAAUAGAAAGGAAUAGAUCAUAGAUAUACAAUCAGGUGCCCUAGGGUUUUUAACAUCCUCUGUUCGAAAAAGGACUUCUCUUCAUUUGACUAUGGAACGGAUAUUUACUGCAUACAGUUUGGUAGUGUUAUGGUGCCAUCUACAGAUUUUUUUCUAAACUUUCUGUGCAUUACAGUACUGCUAUACAGAGUAUAAUUGCUACUUCUUGGUACAGCUUUAUUAUGUAUACAGCUAAAAACAACAACAAAAAACCAACAACAGAGGACGCCUUUCUAUCAUGAAACUCUUUGGUUAGCUUAACCCCUAUGUUGCCUUCUGUACAAAUGUUUGUCUGGGACAGGAAAUAAUGUUAUUUGGAUAGUCCCCCCCCCCCCGAUGUAUUGCCUAAACUUCCUCUUUUGGACAAGAGUGGGAUAUUUUGCUUUAUGUGCAUAAAGGUAAAGGUAAAGGUACCCCUGCCCGUACGGGCCAGUCGUGUCCGACUCUAGGGUUGUGCGCCCAUCUCACUUAAGAGGCUGGGGGCCAGCGCUGUCCGGAGACACUUCCGGGUCACGUGGCCAGCGUGACGAAGCUGCUCUGGCGAGCCAGCACCAGCGCAGCACACGGAAACGCCGUUUACCUUCCCGCUAUAAAGCGGUACCUAUUUAUCUACUUGCACUUAGGGGUGCUCCUAGGUGGGCAGGAGCUGGGACCGAAUGACGGGAGCUCACCCCGCCACGGGGAUUCGAACUGCCGACCAUACGAUCGGCAAGUCCUAGGCACUGAGGUUUUACCCACAGCGCCACCCGCAUCCCUCUUUAUGUGCAUAGGAUGUGGUAUUAUGUUGCAAGAAUCUAAUCAUUAAUUAUUAUUAUUAUUUUUAAAAAACCUAUUAUACUGUACAGCAUAAGGGAAGAGGUCACAAAAGGAUCACAGACACUGCCUUGAAGACCUACAAGUCCAAGAAAAGGCAGCUCAAAAUAAAUGCCCUGUCUUUUGUAACUCUUCGGUUUUCAACACUAAAAGCUCCUGGCUGGUUAAAAAGAACUGUUUCUCAUGCUUAUUCUGUCCAAUUUUAUUAUAUAUAAUAAAUAUAUAAUCACAACCAGUAUAUUAUGAUUUACUUUUGCUGAUCAUUCAUAUGUCUAUCAUCUAUCUAUCUAUCUAUCUAUCUCUAUUUCAUUGAUAUCUGUAAAAUUUAAAUACACCAAAGGAUACAAAAGCCCCCUGUGGGAGAAAAAUCAAGAAAUUGCAUCUCAGACUCAUUUCUUUUUUUCUUCCUUUCUUUCUUGAAACAGUGGCAAAGAAUCCUACUGCUCCUACUCCCCAAGGUAAGAAAAUUUUUUUUUAUCACAUUUAUGUUAAAUAUUUGCUAUAGAUGGGUCAUGAUCCAGUUCUAUGAGUGGGGUGGGCAGUGGGGAGGGCAAUAAGUAAGCCAUGAGGGAUUGGGUCAGCUCCCUCAUUUGCAAGACAAACACCCAGAAUAUAUAUCACAGGCGGACUGGGUUCAGUUGCAUCUUACAGAGAAUGAAAAUUAUAUAUAUAGAAUGAACAAGAAUUUGCCGUUGAAGAUCAGAGUGCCAACUGAUUCAAAAUAAAUUGCAUUUUGUUAGGAAUACAACUACUCACUGCCAAUUUUGCUGUGCAAGCCUAUAACUAUCCCUUGCCCCACUCUUUUUACAAUUUUGUUGGGUAUUCUCUCUCCCAAUUUACCUUUGACCUGCUCCUCAGUCCUGGGAACUAUAUUUAAGACUUUACUUGGAUUAAUUGUGACUUCAUUGCUUUUUAUCACUUUUUAGUUGUCGUGAAUAUAGAGCCAAUAAAGAGUUGGCUGUAGGCAUAGUCAUGGUUAGAGUAGACCUGUUGAAAUUAAUGAGAUUUACAUUGAUCUCUAACCUAGGUCCCAUAGAUUUCUGUUCUGUUCUAAGCAUGAUCUGGAUCUAACCCAUAGUAAUUAAAGAACAGAUUUUCCCUCAUUCAUGUUUCAGACUUAUUUCAGUUCAAAUAUCUAGUUCAACUUCCAGAAAACUUUUUGAAAGAAAGCUGCAAUUAAAUGGGAUUGAUUGAGCAAAUACACAGGUUGCUCUACAAUGCAUUAUAUCAGGGAAGUGUUCUUAAUCUGGGUUAAUUUUAGUAGCAAAUCCAGAACCUAGCAAUGGAAAUUGUUCUGGAUUAAUUAGCAAAGAACACGAGGACUUUUGGGUGGGCUCCUGCCACUUCUUCCAUCUUCCAUACAGUGUCUAGCAUACAGUGUCUAGAGAGCCAGUGUGGUGUAGUGGUUAAGAGCGGUAGACUCGUAAUCUGGUGAACUGGGUUCGCGUCUCCGCUCCUCCACAUGCAGCUGCUGGGUGACCUUGGGCUAGUCACACUUCCUUGAAGUCUCUCAGCCCCACUCACCUCACAGAGUGUUUGUUGUGGGGGAGGAAGGGAAAGGAGAAUGUUAGCCGCUUUGAGACUCCUUCGGGUAGUGAUUAAGCGGAAUAUCAAAUCCAAACUCCUCUUCUUCUAUAUUCAGCCGCAAGGUAUUUGUCAGGCUUUUAAACUGCCACUUACAUGAAGCCUUUGGCAAAUCAGAGUUGGCAACUCAGCUUAAGUUUGGUAAGAUGGGAGAUGUGGGCCUUUUUUGGUUUCUUUUGGACCACCCAUGUGCCACACAUCACUAUAGGUAUGUACAUAUGAUCAAGAAGGCUAGUGACAUUUUUCGAAGGCUAUUGCCAUGUUCAAUUUUUAUCCAAAGGGAGUGUUCGGCAGAUAAAUAUCCUUGAAAUUCUGAGCUGCACCUGGCAAAGGUAAAAGGCCAUGCUCAAUGCUCUUUUUUCUAGAAAAAAGAGGUGCCGGAACUCACCAGAACUCCCUUGUUCACUUAGAAUGGCAAUGGCGGCCACUGAGUUCUGGUUGAAAAACAAGCCCUGGCCUUCCAUGAGGGGUGUGCUGGUCCCAUGGGUUACCCGAGAGGCGAGGUCCAAGUCCGGUCCGUGGUCAAAGGUGCAACGUGGAGGCAGUAGUAGCUGAAGCUGGGUGCAGAGCAGGGAGUCGGGUCAAGUCAGGAACAGGCAUGCAAACAGGGAGCCAGGGCGGGUCAGGAGCUCUGGCAGAAAAGCAGGACAGGGUUCAGGCAGGAACUAACAACCAACAAUGUUGCUCCCACAACUUGGGACUGGUGCCGGCCGGCUUUUAUCUGCCCCGAGGCAUAGGGCAGCCCCGAUCCUCUGGUGACUCCCCUCUCCUGGCCUGGAGGCGAGCACUCCUCCUGCGGGAACUUAGUUCCCUCCGCCUCUCUGCCCUGAGCCUCUGCAGCUCAGGAGAGGCUGGAGGGUUACUGGACCCAGAGGCAACCUCAGCCUCCCCUGACGUGGCUGAGAGUGGAGCACCUGCAGGCAAUGGGUCUUCCAUCACCUCAGGAGCCAGAGCAGACUCAGCUGAUGCCUGCACCUGAGGACCCAGCACAGGUGAGGACCCUUCAGGCUCAUGCCCCAGUCCCGGCUCAGCUGGUUCUGGAGGCGGGGAAUCCUGUGCAGGCUGGGAUCCCUCAGGUUCAGCAUCCAAGUCGAAUCCCAGGCCAUCACAAGGAGUUUUGCUGGGAUGCACUAGCUAACGGCCCCCUCUGCCAUAUACCUGUUGCCAUGGGCUGCCUCCAGUUAGAGAAAAGGUCUGCAGGGAGGAGCCUGUUGUACUUCUGUAGGCGUCCUGUUGCAGAUCUCCACCGUCACAAUACCUUGAGGGAGGAAGACCAGGUGAUGGAGACAUGUCAGAGGAGGAGGGGCCAGAGGGUGUGGCCCUGCUCUCCCCUCCUUGCGUCAGCAUUGAAUGUCUGAAAAGAGCUGGGAUGGGGAACCCGUGGAUCUCCAGCUGUUGCUGGACCGCAGCUCCCAUCAGCCACAGCCAGCAUGGCCAGGGCUCGGGGAUGAUGGGAGUUGUAGUCCAAUAACAUCUGGAGGGCCACAGCUUCCCCAUCCCUAGAACAGGUCUUCGUACUGAGUGCCAGUUGCACAUCCCUACUGAGGGCUUGCAAGGGUGGGUAUUCUCCAGACUCCAACAUGACAUACCUAGUCUUUGUACCAUGAAGCGAAUCCCUCGCUUCAGAUAUCAUGGAUUUUGUAAACUUGGAGUUGAACUACACGUGACAUGGGAGUUCCUUGCUUGGAAGACAAAGGCCCAGAUUUGGAGGGUUGAAGUCUACCCUUUCCCCCACACCCCAAGCUGUUGUUAUCCAUGAGGUGUGAAAUGUCUGUGAGAUUUUCUCCCUGGGGCUAAUAGCAACUUUGGAAAGCGAUCUGGAUUUGGGUUGUAGAAGAGCACAGAAUUAGGCACCCCCCUCUUGCAAAGCGUGGCUGUUCCAGUUAUGGCACUUCCAACACCAUAGCCUAAUCCGUAUUGGUAAGGAUGGAAUGGCAGACCCCUGGAAGCAUAACAGUCCUUGUAAUUCAUCCUGGUUGAACAGACUGCUGGUGUCUUGCCAUGCUGCAAUGCCACUCUGUUUAAGACUCUGCUGUGUAACAUGGCUGAUUUGUUUAUUGCCCUCCCCCCUCACGUGCUCACCUUAGGAACUCUUCUUGGCUCUUCUCCCAUACUUCCACGCACCACUCCACCCUCACCUGCAAGCACCUCUGAAGCAAAGCCUGGCUCUGCGACCAAAGAGGCAGUGACCCCCACUUACCAGGCCUCCAAUGCUUCCGGAAUACCUGUUAGCAAAGCAACUGCCACCCCUGCGACUGCUGUCUCUGCCAACGUCACAGGUUUGCUUUGGAGUUUUCUGAUAAGAGAUUGUACUGCCCCAGGAAUACUGUCCUCUCUCGGGAGAGUGUUGGUGGUGGUGGUGGUGGGGAGCCUCAUCACAUAACUGCUACGUGGCUGGAAACUUUACUUGAAUAAGUAUGUUGAGUUGCAAUGCAAUGGAUGGUGAAUGGCCGACUCUACAACCAUAAAAUUAGAGCAGAAAUUAGGAGAACAGCCAUUGGGGCAGCGGGCUGAGAGGUACGCAUGGACAGCUGCUGAGGGCAGGAAGCAUCUCUGUGUUAGCAAGACUGAAGCUGGCUUUGUGGCUCACUUCACUCAUCUUUGCAGAGUUGCUCACACUGGGGAGCUGAUCCCAUUACGACCUUUUUCUGCUUGGCUAGCUACAUGAAUGAAGGGGCAUGCAUGUGAACUGGGCUAAUUGUACUAAUGAUAGGCUGUCCCCCUCCCCUCCAAAGCAUGGUUAGAAUCAGGCUUAAAGUUAAAGGUGAAAGUUAAAGGACCCCUGGACGGUUAAGUCCAGUCAAAGGCGACUAUGGGGUUGCUGCGCUCAUCUUGCUUUCAGGCCAAGGGAGCCAGCGUUUGCCCACAGACAGCUUUCUGGGCCAUGUGGCCAGUAUGACUAAACCACUUCUGGUGCAAUGGGACACUGUGACGGAAGCCAGAGCGCAUGGAAACACCGUUUACCUUCCUGCCGCCACAGUACCUAUUUAUCUACUUGCACUGGUAUGCUUUUGAACUGCUAUGUUGGCAGCAGCUGGGACAGAGCAAUGGGAGCUCACCCCAUCGCGGGGAUUCGAACUGCUGACCUUCUGAUCAGCAAGCCCAAGAGGCUCAGUGGUUUAGUCCACAGCGCCACCCGCGUCCCAUAGAACCACCUGGUGAGCCCACACAGUUGAUGCUCCAGGUAGCAACCGCAGCAUGUUUCACAGUACUGCUGCUGAAUUAGCUUUGAAAGAGAUCAGGAAUACUGCUUCCUUCUCUGAAGGGUACCCGUUAACCAGUUAAUGUUUUGCUGUUGUAUUGUAACAAUGGUAAUAAAAAUUAUUGCACUUUUGUUACUACAGAGAUUGUUCCAACAAGCAGCUCAUCCUCCCUCCCUCGCACGGACGCAAACUCUUCCAGCACUCAGGCACUCAGCAGCACUGCUGCCCCUCCUUCACUCUCUCCCUCCACCAUCACGCACGCACCACCAGGUUUGCCGUGUUGUUCUUUGCAGUGUUCCUGAGCAAUGUCUUAAGUACUGGGCAUGAAUAUUCAGUUUGUGGGAUAGCUAAGCAUUAUCAGAAUGCAUAUAUGUUUUGCUUGAGGUUGCUAAGCUGAGGCUGGACAACCACUUCUGAGGGAUGCUUUAACAUUGAAUUCCCUGUAUUGGCAGGGAUGUCAACCAGGUGAUUGUUGAGGUUCUUUUGAAAUCCGGAUAUCUUUAAGCUUUUAAUUGCAUUAUAAGGCUGGGUAGUCAUUGGAGGAUGCAUUCCUGUGUGUCUAGUUUAAAAAUAUCAAGUCAGUGGCCAACUUAGUGCAUUUUGGACAUCUAACCAUGAACAUUGACUUCACAUGAUCUCCUAAACAAUGUCAUUCAGUCUGCACAUUCAGUCUGCACCCGGCCUUUAGAAUCAUAGAAUCAUAGAGUUGGAAGAGACCACAAGGGCCAUCGAGUCCAAUCCCCUGCCAAGGAGGAAACACCAUCAGAGCACUCCUGACAUAUGAUUAUCAAGCCUCUGCUUAAAGACCUCCAAAGAAGGAGACUCCACCACACUCCUUGGCAGCAUGAUUUGCUUGGAAACACGCUAUGAGUGCUGGUGCACACAUCAUGCUAAGUCAACGCUUAGCUCAAUUGGUUAGAGUGAUCCGAAGAAAGGAGGAGUGAAAUGACAGCUAUGUUUGUUCACAUGGGUUAUGGCUUGCCGUGACACGUGAACACACCCAAUUUGUCUUAUAGAAGAAUUCUCACCAGUUAUUCCUGCCCCUUGAUACAUUAAACCAGACAUGCACUUACCAAACAAAUCAAUGUACUAAAAGCUAGGAUCCCGUGAAAAGGAUCAUUGGGGGACAAGUUACUUGUAUGUAUCUUUUUCUGGCGGUGGCGGAGGGUUUCCACAUCACUUUAUCUACACACUAAGAAAAGCCCCACCUAUUUUACCAUAUUACAGUGGUUUCAAAGGCUCAGAAGCAGGAUGAGAAAGAACAUUGGGAACCCUACAUGAAUAGCAAAUUCAGGAAUUACUUUUGCCAGUGUAAAAUUCUUCCUGGAAGUGAUUCCAUGUGCAGAUAGUUUAUUUUAAAUAUUACACUUUUGAAAGGUUAACCUUAAUUCCAGUUUUUAGUAAGCAAGGACAUAACAAACAGGGAGCAUCUCCUUUGCAAACCUCCUGUUUUACACAUCCUGUUUUAUAUGUCUAUAAUGGUAGGAACUCCUUUAAAUGAAACAGUUAACUAAAUAAAUGCCAGUGGUUCUUAUGUAGAAUUAUGUAGAAUUUCCCUGGAGCUUUAUGACUCGAGAGUCUAGGCUGCUUUGAACCAAAGAAAGGUUUCACAGCUAUGAACAAAUAUAUUAUGAAGUUGCUGUUGUUUUUAAGGCCCAGUGUUGUUGAAGUCAGCAUUUAAUACUGUGUAGUUGGGUAAUAAAUAUUUGCUGUACUGAGGCCAAAAGGUAAGAGUCACAUUGCGCGCGCGCGCACACACACACACACACACACACACGUUAACCCAAGAGAUGCUGGCCAUUUGAGCCAUUUCUAAUUAAUACCACAUUUGCACUGAUGUUACAAAUUUGUAUAAAACCAGGACAGAGUUAAUUUGUCUUCCAGUAUCUUAAAAUCAUUUAGAAUAGAAAACAUUUUUCAUUCUCGAUUUUAAUUGAGUUGAUAAGAACACAUAUAGUUUUAUUUUUAUAUGUAUAGUGAGGGAAUAAUGUGAAAGAAAAUAAAGAAGAAGAAAACAAACAAAAGAAAAAUUGAAAUCGUGAUACAAUUGAGUAUAUCAGUAAUACAAUUCUUCCAAUAAAUGUAGAAUUACUCUUGAUAAAUGGAUUCCAUGUUGUUAUAUUUAUCCAGACACAAUCUACACCCAAAAGAAUACCUAUAGUUUUUAAACUAACCAAUGAUCUCUCCAAAAAAAGGAGCCAUAAUCCAAUGCAUGCCCACCCACCGUGGUAGACUUGUAAAAAUGAGGAAGGAAGGAACCUUUAUUCAUAUAUCAAAGUGAAAUGUUUUGUAGACAUCUGAAUUAUCACUUCUGUUCUUCAUUUCGAGUAAGAAAUUAAGACUGCAAUCUUGUACAUACUUAUCUGGGAUUAAGUCCUACUGAACUAAAUGGAUCUUACUUCUGAGUUGGUAUGAAUAGAGAAGAACUGUUGCAGCAGCAUCUUAUGCAAACACCCUCAGAAGUAAGACCCACUCUCUUCAAUGGUGCUUAUCUGCAGGUCUCUGUGUGUAGGACUGUACUUUAUAUUCCCAUUAAGAAGACUAGUUUUCCUUUUUACAGGAGAAGGAACACAUUUUCUCAGCUUGCAGUUCUUCUUCAAGGUUGUUUCCAUUCAUGGGGAUAUGGCAUCAAUAAUUGCUGAAUGUAACGCUAACGUUCUGUUUAUUUCCUGGCAGAUGAUGGGGAUAAUUCCACCACGCAUACCAACAUUUCAGCGUCCUCUGGCACUCCAGCAAACAUCCCUUCAACUCUCUCAGAGACCACCCCUGGUCCAAUAGGUGACAAACCUGCACACAUUUAAGAGCAUUGCUAGCACCACAUGCAUGCAUGGCUUUGAAUGGCAUCCAAAUUCCUUUGAGAAUGAAAUUUUUCCUGUGCAAACACAAUUGAAAUGAAUUGGAUUCGUGCAGAAAUUAUUUAUGAAUUCCAAUCCAAGGAUCUGAUUUAAGAGCCAAGACUGACAUCUGGCAUUUGAGAAGUGGGAUACUGCUUUAUCUAAAUUGGCAUAUCUUAUCCCAAUUCUAGAAUGCACUGCAACAAACAUAAGAACUUGCUACUUUAAGCAAAUUAUCCAUUUAAUUUAGGUGGCUUUCUCAAUAGACAGCACUUUUCAAUCUCUGUUACUGUGUAUUUGUCAUAAAAUUUCAUUAACAGCAGAAGACCAUAGCACUUGGUCACCAGUCAUACUGAAAUGUAUUGUAACAGUGAUUGGAAUUGAGGAUAAUAUGAAUAUUCAAGAUUUCACAAUAACAUCAAAAUUAUAAUAAAUUAUAAUUUAAAAAGGAAUUGAUCUAAAAGGUUCCUGCUACUUAUUAAGGAAAGUUUUGGUGAUCAUAAAAAGCGUAGAGCUGACUGAACAGAAAAUAAAUAAAAGCAAAGCAGGAGCAAAGAAUAAAUAAAAAUAAAAGCAGAAAAAAGAUGGCAAAAAUUAUAAAUGGUAAACCAACUUGGAAGCGCUGCUAAAAUAUAACUAAAUUGUAGCCCUGGGGUUACAAUGCAGCAGCUCCACUCACAGAAGAAGAAGAAGAAGAAGAAGAGUUUGGACUUGAUAUCCCGCCUUUCACUCCCCUGAAGGAGUCUCAAAGUGGCUAACAUUCUCCUUUCCCUUCCUCCCCCACAACAUACACUCUGUGAGGAGAGUGGGGCUGAGAGACCUCAGAGAAGUGUGACUAGUCCAAGGUCACCCAGCAGCUGCAUGUGGAGGAGCGGAAACGCGAACCUGGUUCCCCAGAUUACGAGUCCACCGCUCUUAACCACUACACCACACAGACUUUUCUGUGAACAAUGGAACGUCCUCUUCCUUUCCUUUUCCCUGCAGUUCCCCACACACCCUCAAAGGACUUUGGAGGACCUCCUGGAGCAGUUUUUGGAGGUUGGGAGAGAGGAGAGGAAGCAGAGGUCCCAUUGAAUGAACAGAAUUCUGCUCACGAAACCCUGGAUUUGGUCACUGCUCUGAUGGGAGGCAAUUUAAGACUCCUAGAUUUUCCACCUUGAAUUCCAUCAUGCAAGAAAGGUGGAGUAAGACUAUCAUUAAACGUUUUAAAGUGUUGGAUCCCCUAGAAAGUGCUACUGGGCUACACUGCUGAACUGCAGCUCCCAGUUCACCCCAGCAAGCAUGGCAAACGCCCUGGGAUGAUAUGAAUGGUAGGUCACCAGAAUAUGCAGGGACAAAGGGUUCCUCACACCUGAUAUAGGUAUUUAAAGGCACAUUUUCUUAUGGAAGCAGAACAGAACAGUCCUAUGUGUACACACUUUUGAAAGUGGCAAAUAGACCAAUUCAUCCAUCUCCAAGUCAAUGAAAAUGUAGGAAAAUGUAAGGAAGAAUAACUGCCAAUGGAAUGAAAGCAACGAACUUCAUAACUUCACAAGAAAGUUCAAGCGAUAAGUCAAACAAACAUCACAAAGCAAAAAUGGAAUUACUGUUUUUCCCCAACAAUAAAUGUAGACAAACCCCACAUGCAGCAGGCCUGCCCCAAGAUCAGAGAAUAGUGAAGCAAUCAAAUAAAUGUUUGGCUAUCUGACAAGCCGUUGAAUUAACCUCAGACUGGAUCGACGGUUGCAAGCAUUUAAAUAGCUUAUUAGGGAAAAUAAUUUACACUUUGUCAGAACCUGUCUUCUGAGGACAGAUUAGUAGAAAAUAGAAAAUAGGAAAUUCGGAAAAUAAAAUAAACUUUUAAGGCUAAGAUUAUAAGUAGGCGGUUUCAGUGGGAAAUUGCUAGUUUUGCAAAACAUUUUUAGUCAUUUUGCAGUGACCUAAGUUGUCACGUCGUUUUGAACAGGUAUGACAAUAUACAGUAAGGAUGCAGACAUGUUUGCUGAGAGGUCCCACUAGGGAAAGCGUGCAUUAGAUUGCACUAUUACUAAUAUAAACUAUUUGCCCAAUGAUAUGAUGUUUUAAUUUACUUGGCUUUAAUGUAGCACAAAGAAGUCAACAGUGUGGGCCCAAGAUUAGGUCUUCUGGAGAGGGUACCACCCACCAAAAGGCUCAGAUGGUAGGGGAACUCAGAGAUGGGACUUAGCCAUACAGAAUCUCUGUAAGGUACAGGUGCAAUAUAAAUAACCAUAUUUUGAGACUUAACAUCGGCAACAGAAUUCAGCUGCUCUUGCCUAAGGUCUAAUUUCAUUUCAAUAACGUUUACACAGGAAAUGUUUUUUGGUGGAAACCAAUAAAAAAAUGUUGUAAUUUUGUGGCUGUAAGAGUUUGCUCUGAAGAUGCUACUGCCCUGACAUGAUGUCUACCCCAAUAUAAGAACAGACAGGCGACAGAAACUCCCGGCAAACACCAAGCAUUUGUAGGGCUCAAGUUACCAUGGCUCAGUUGUAGGGCCACCUUUACUGAGAAUCCUGCAACUGACUAGGACCGCUGCAACCAGUAGCAGCCCAGUGUAACAAGGCCUUGGAGGCCGUUCAGCUGCCAAGCGACCAAUUGCAGCAGAGCCACAAGUGGAGGAAUACUGUCUUCUGGACGCUGUAUUAGCUGUGGUUGAGGUUUGCUGGUGCCUGCAUGUAUUCGCUGGGCCUGGGGUGCAUAUCAUAUCAGAGCAGCAAGGUCUGUAGGCCACACCUCAAGUACUGUAUACUGCAUUUACCUCCAUUUGAAUGCUAUUUCAUUGGUCCCCAGUAAUUAUGCAGUAUUUCAAUUACUCAAUGCAAAGUAUAGUUAACUGUGUUUAUGCUUAAAUACUAUGAAAAAGAUCAAAACCAUAGUAUAAAAGGUACGAUGUUAUAUAGAUAUUUUAAUGAUGGAAGCUUAUAUUUUAAUGUCUUAACGUAAUUGGUUUUUAUGUUUUGUAAGACACUUAGAAGCUUAUAUUGGCACUAAGCAGUAUAUAAACACACACACAUAUACACACUGUAUGUGAAUAAUUACCGUAUUUUUUGCUCUAUAAGACUCACUUUUUCCCUCCUAAAAAGUAAGGGGAAAUGUGUGUGCGUCUUAUGGAGUGAAUGCAGGCUGCGCAGCUAUUACAGAAGCCAGAACAGCAAGAGGGAUUGCUGCUUUCACUGCGCAGUGAUCCCUCUUGCUGUUCUGGCUUCUGAGAUUCAGAAUAUUUUUUUUCUUGUUUUCCUCCUCCAAAAACUAGGUGCGUCCAGUGGUCUGGUGCGUCUUAUAGAGCGAAAAAUACGGUAUUUUCUCUUUGAUACGUUUAUAAUGAAGAGCCUUCUAAGAUUUUAUCUUCUUUCUUACAGCUACUCCCGUGGACUGCAGUAAGUUUUAAUGUUUUCUUGAAGAUGGAACCCAACUUGUUAGAUGUCCCUUUUGUUAUUCUCGAGGACACAGAUAAUUCUCAAGAACGAUAAUGAAAUACAGAAAACCAGGCAUUAAAAAUGUGCCUGUAAAUUGCAAGAUUUGGGAGUCACUAGCAAAUAAUGGGACCAUUCACAUAUAUGACUCGUGCAUAAAAGAAAUAUCUUUGAAUAUCCGUAUAAUAUGUAAGCUAAAUAUGUAGCUAAAAAUCGACCAUUCCUUUUCAUUCCCUGAACUUCAUGAAGAUCAACAACUGUGGCCUCGCAGGAACUCGAGGUUCUCCUGUAUUUUGCAGCCCCCUCUUACACAAACAGCAGUCAAAAGAUCAAAGGGCUAUGAAGCACAAGCAGUGGCAGAUCUGAGGGCUUCAAAUUUCAACGACGCCCUGUGCAAUGCCAAAAUAUGGUGCCCCCCCCCCGGCUCUCACCUUCCAUUCUGCAGCAUAGUUACGUACGGUGCCCCUGAGGCUCUGCGCCCAGUGCGACUGAAUCAGUCAGGCUCUCUUAAAUCUUUCCCUGGCACAAGCCAAACUUGGCAGAGCUGCAGGGCAUGCCCCACCAAACAGGUAGCUGCUGAAUCAACAGCCUUGCUUUGUUUAGUGGCUGGGAUGGCAGGACAGGAAAGGGCAGAGACUGGGGGAGAAAUGUUACAAAUCAGAGGUUCGUUUUUAGCUGGUUCUUUAGAAGAAAGGAACACAAGUAGACCCAGAGAGUUGCAACUCAACAAAACAUAUUUAUUGUAUACAUUAAAACAGCAGUCCCUAAUACACACACACACACACACACACACAAUCUCUUGUAAAGUUUUUAUUAGUAUUCCAAUAUAUCCCCAAUAGUAGCCAAAUUAUAAUAAUAACAAUUAAUUACCAAAUUAUACAAUUAUCAAAAUGCCAAUCAACUUCUAAUUAUACAUUUUAGUUAAAGUGGCUCCCCGCAUGGUGGAUUGAGUUCAUUUCCGAUCUUAUAUCACUGUGUUCCAUAAUGUUCAUAUCAGUUACAUUUCAAUUAUAAGUCACACACACACACACAUUCUCAAUCAUACUCACCAACUUUACAGCAGUAGCUGACCAGGCUAUUGGCAAGAGGACGGGUGGCAGGCACUGUAGUGCUGGGAACCUGUAAAGUCCCUUCUUUAUAUCAGACAUUAUAUGGACCACUUACAAACAUGGACCACUUACAAACGCCAUCUCCAACUUCUCGAAAGAUUCCAUCAGCGGUCUCUCUGAAAAAUCUUACACAUCACUUGGGAAGACAGGUGAACUAAUCUCAGUGUACUGGAUGAAGCAAAGAUCACCAGUGUUGAAGCAAUGAUUCUUCAACACCAACUUCAUUGGAAGGUUAUCUUGUGCAGAUGCCUGAUUAUCGUCUUCCAAAGCAACUACUCUAUUCUGAACUUAAAAGUGGAAAGUGUAAUGCUGGUGACCAACAAAAGAGGUUUAAAGACAGUCUCAAGGCAAAUCUAAAAAAAAUGUAGUAUAAACACUGACAACUGGGAAACACUGGCCUGCGAGUGCUCCAGUUGGAGAGCAGCCUUUACCAAAGGUGUUAUGGACUUUGAAGACACUCGAACUCAGAACGCAAGGGAGAAACGUGCUAAGAGGAAGGCACGCUUGGCAAAUCCACACCAUGUUCAACUCCCGCCUGGGAACCAAUCUCCCCACUGUGAAAGGACGUGUGGGUCCAGAAUUGGCCUCCAUAGUCACUUACGGACUCAUUGUUAAAACCGUGUUUAUGGAAGACAAUCUUACUCAGCUACGAGUGAUCGCCAAGGAAGGAAAAGAUAUCAGACAAUACAGCUCUGGAGAUUCACUUCCAUCUGUUCAUCAUCAAAGCUGUUCAUCACGUUCCAGAGUUCAUCACACCCUUGUUAGUCAAUCUUGCUCAACACCUGUCCUUCAUUAUCAACCUGUUUGUACGUCAGGUCUCAUGAGCUCAGCACCUCUUCCUCACUUCGCUUGCCAACCUUAUCAGUUCCAAAAGUCUUAGUGAGACUCCAUUUUAGAGUGGUGUUCUUCAGCCUAAAAACAGGCCUACACUCAUUCCUCCAUUAAUGCCAUAAAUUUCUAAUGAAUAUGAUUAUUAUACUCAUUACAUAUUGCCAAUUGAGUUUGCAUUUAAGGCUGAAUCACUCACAUCCGCUCUUUCCAAAGCAACAUGAGAACUGAAACACAGGUGUCCUUCAAAAACCCAGAUUUUGCUGUGUAGCACUCCAACUGACUGCUCCUUACAACCACACCGAAACUUGGUGUGGGUGUAAUAUGUGUAGAUUAGUCAAAACUGCAUAGAAAAUAUGUGUUUAUUAGGAUAAAAUUGCACGAAAUUGAUCAAGGGUUUUUCUUUUAAAACCACAAACUGCUGAAGAAAUGCAGAGAACUGAACUUACAAAAACUGGAAAUGGAGACGACCAAUAUUGACAAGUCCUUCCAUGCCUAGGAAGGGGACAGGAUCACUGUGCCAGCCUGGAGAUGCUGCACCAAUUGGGUCAAUGGAUUCCAGGGCCUUCUGCUGGCUGCUGUUGUUGGGGAUCCUGCCAGGAGCACUUUUGCCUGUCUGUAGAUGUGUGUGUGGACAAGUGCCAAACCAAUAGAGUGAUGCUGGCAUGGCUGGCAGGAGGCCACCUAGGCUGCGCAGGGCGACAGCUCUGCCCAAUCACAUUCCACCACCACCCCAGCCUGACACAAAGGUGCUUUUUUUAUGGGGGAAUUGCUCUGUUGAUGAGCCUCCAAUGGCCAUUAUAUAUAUUGCUGAUGAGCUGCGCUUGGCUUGGUGAGUCACACAGGUUGGGCAGAUCUGGUUAAUGAACUGAAAUAUUACCAGUAUGAACUGAAGGAAAACAAGCAGCUGCAAAUCUAAGUAAUCAGCAGAAGAACAGUUUCUCUCACCUGUAGUGCACAUACUGUGCCUCUCUUUAAACUGUUAAUGCACAUUAAACAUUAUUUGUGGUUUGAUUGUUUUUAACAUGUUUCAGUGCAACAAGCAUUUAAACAUAUCUCUCAUCUCUUAGGUCGUAUAAACAUUUCAGUGGCUCGUUAUAAAUACAAUUCAGAAGGCGUCACUGCAGAACUUGCAGUUAUGAAAAGGGCAGAGCUGCAAAAUGUUAGCUGUGAAAAUGCCCACUGUACUUGGGACAAGGACCAAAGCACACUUGCUGGACUUCAAGAAUGUGACAAAUACAAGAUAGUAGCAUCUUUUAAUGGAUGUGAUGAUUUAACAUUAUCAGUUCAUGUCCCCCCUGGUAAGAUCAGAUACUUCUCAUUUAUUUAAGCAAAAUCUGCCUUCUUGUUUUUCAGCCACUCUGAUGAGCUGUCCUCCCCCCCAGUGCUAAGCUAUUGGGAGAACGUAACCUGGGGGUAUGUCAGAGGGCUAGAGAGGGUGCGGGAAGUCAGUUUUAAUUUUUUUGGUGUCAACUAAUAUCCUGGUUUUCAGUUUCUCACAAUAACAGGCUUUUAAAGCUAAGCAAUGUUUUUAUUUCUCCUUCCAUCGUAUCUCAUAGUCAUGUAACACAUAAAAGUACACUAAUUCAAAAUGAACACUGAAAACUGUGUUGGAUACUCAUUUGGGGUAAAAUGAUGCAACCCACUAAGCAAUGUAUUAUCCAGCAUGCUUUUAAAACUGAAAAAGAAAUACUGAACAGAAUGUCAUUGUGAUAUUUUUCUCCUUUUUCUUUAUUUGGAAGAAACCAAUAAGUGGAAACUAGAAGAACCUAAAAAAAGUAACACCAGUGUGACUUUAUCUUGGAACAAUCGCAGAUAUGAUAAGCAUCAUUGCGAUUUAAGAUAUUCCUGUCGCUGUCAUCCUCAUGGUAGGAGAUUUUGGAAGUUUUUGCAUUUCUGUCUUUAUUGGCUGGAGAAUUAAAUGCACUUUAUUGGGGACCUUUGUUUUUGUGUCCUAUGUAUGGACGUAUUUAGAAUUAAGCAUAGAGAGGUGGAAAGGCAAACAAGUCUGGUAAAGGUAUGAGUCUCUCUCUCUCUCUCUCUCUCUCUCUCUCUCUCUCUCUCUGACCUUAAUGAAAUAGUAAGAAGAAAUACCUCCUGCUGUCCAGAAGGAUCUUACUCUACACGAGUGGUUUCAAGUCCCUAAAAAAUCACAAGUUGUUGAUAGUUUCUCCAGGUUUGAUUCCUGUAGAUAACAAGGGUGCAAUAUUUUGUGUGAAACAUUAGAUAUGGAUGGUGCCAAAGAACUGCUUGCUAGGGUGGACCUAAAACAUGUGUAUGUAGCUACAGUCAAAUAGCAGCUCACGUGGAGUUGAGGUCAGGGGAAAGAAGCAAGAAAGUGGGUAGCAUGUUCUUGAUUUUUUGUCAAUCAGAGCUAACCUACACGACCCUCCAUAUCUUCUUGGACUCAUCUCCCAAAAGCCCCAAGCAGCACAGCCAAUGGUAAGGGAUGUUGGGAGUCUUGAGGGCAAAAGAUUCCCCAUCCAUGGCAUAGAUGCUUCUGGAUGCCUGAAAUACGGAGCAAUGAUGUUUUGCAAUUUCUUAUAGAUCAGAAUUUUCGGACCACUGAAGAGCAGAAUGGUUGUACAGUGACAGGUUUAUCACCCAAUAAGAACUACAGUUGUUUAUCAGAAUUAUUGUUUCAUGGCAAUAUUGUGAAAACUGGCAACAAACAGCUAACAACAGAUUAUGGAAGUGAGUAUGACAACAUGAUGCUUAGUCACUUAUGAACUUGCCUUCAUCCCAGAAACUAAACUAUUACAACGAUGAAGGGUAUCUUUGUGCACAUAUAAAUAAAAGCAUACAAGUAGGAUUUAAUGUAUUAUUGUGACAGAUUAUAAUCUGGGCAGGAGUGCCUGAUCCAAGUUUGGAGGCCCUUGGGUAAGAUGUCCAUUGUGGGCCCCUUCUCCAGCUGGGUCCACCUUCUUCUCCCCACUGUUUAUUUUCAGGCCUUCCUGAUCUGAAACAAAACUGCAUGGUAAACGAAAGGGAGCCACAAGCAGAGUCUCCUGCUCUUUCUCCUUACUCCUGUCACUACACUUUCACUCAGAGGACAGGGGAAAUGACAGUAGGGAUGGACAGAUCAAUCAUAAGUCCAUCCCAUCCCAUCCCAUCCAUUCAUUCAUUCAUCUAUCCAUCCCUGGCCCUACCUACUGCUUUUUAAACAUUUUUAUAUCUUUAAUUGCUUAGUAGUUUUUGAACUGUUGAACUAUUAAAAAUCAGGAAGAACCUUCCACCAUUAAGAACUGUUCAACAGUAAAACUUUGACUUUCUCGGAAGGUAGUGGACUGUCCUUCACUGGAGGUUUUUAAGCACAGGUUGGAUGACCACGGGUCAUAGAUGCUUUGGUUGAGAAUCCUGCAUUGCAGGGGGCUGGACUAGAUGACGCUCAGGGUUCCUUCCAGCUCCAUGAUUCUGUGAUUCUAUGAACUGUCACUGGGUUCCUGAAUAAUUUUUAAAAGAGUCCCCCCCCCCUGCUGAAUUCCUACACCAGCACCUGGCAAGCCUGAAGAUAUUUCAUGGAAUUCAAGUAAUUCUACAAUAGAAAUCACAUGGAAGAAGCCACAAUCUGAAGAAAAUGGCCCUAUUGAUGGCUACAUGGUCUGCCUUGGGGAGAAAAACUACUACAACAAAAAAUGUAUGUACAUUUUGCAUCAUUUUGCCAGAAAGCAUAUUAAGUCCAUUUGUAGAUAUUAGGGGUGUGUGUGUGUGUGUGUGUGUGUGUGCAGAGAUCUUCUGAUCUGCUUUGUGGGCUCUGGAUCAGGCAGACCCAUCUUGUGAUUCUCUGGGGGGUGACCCCCACUACUCUGCCCCGCAUCCGGUCCUGUAUCAAGGAGGUGGGGGGUUAAUCUUGAAUCCUAAUUAAACAGAUGGGAUGGAUGGGAGAUCAGUGGGGUUAGAUCUUGCAGGGUGCUGCUUGCUUGUGAGUUCCUUCCCUGCAUUGAAGCCCUUAGCGAAGGUAGCAGCACCCUGGGAAUCAUUUUUAAUGUUCUGAGGAUGACAUUUAUUUUGGGGUGAGUAUUUUUAGAUCAUUUUUAAACUAUGAUUUUACUGGGGGAGUGCUUUGAAGAGUUGAUUACAAGCCAACAGCCCUGACCCUCUUUUUUCUAAGUAUUCCCCUAACACACAGGCUGCGGGAAAAUUUCUCCAUUGAUUUAUAGGGGUUCACCAGUGAUCAGAGCCAUUUUCUGAUUGGGAGGUAAAUACCGUAUUUUUUGCUCUAUAAGACUCACUUUUUCCCUUCUAAAAAGGGGAAAUGUGUUGUGCGUCUUAUGGAGCGAAUGCAGGCUGCGCAGCUAUCCCAGAAGCCAGAACAGCAAGAGGGAUUGCUGCUUUCACUGCACAGAGAUCCCUCUUGCUGUUCUGGCUUCUGAGAUUCAGAAUAUUUUUUUUCUUGUUUUCCUCCUCCAAAAACUAGGUGCGUCUUGUGGUCUGGUGCGUCUUAUAGAGCGAAAAAUACGGUAGAUCAGCUCAUUUUUGAGAGAAAUGGAAAUCAAGGAGUGCUUGCGCCCAUCUCUGCCUUCUUGGCUCUGAAGGAGUGUCUCUUCUCAUAUGUUCCUCCAUGUGCCUUGAGGUCUAUUCCAAAGAAGGCCUAUUCAAUAUUCUUUUUAUUUGUGCAAAGAAAAGCAGUCUGGGAAUGUUGGGGUGGACUUUUGUGCACACCCCUCACCCCACUUCCAGUUUAACUUUCCACGUGUUCAAGCAAAUGCCUGAACUGUAAUGUUAUGUAUUGUUGAAAGCUGGCCAUUAUCUGUAUUGAUGGUUUUAUCUUGUUCCAUUCCAUGUAAUUUCUAAUCUUUUAAAAAUGUUUUUUUAAUUAAAAAUACAGAUAAUGUUUCAAAGAAUACCAGUUAUAUAUGGAAUGACUUAAAGCCCUACAAAAAUUAUAGUGUCUAUGUCUGGGCAUACACCAAAACACAGAAUGAUGCAGUACUGGAAGGGCAACGAAGUAGCAAGACAAUUCCCACUAAAGCAGCAAGUAAGUUGUGUUCUCAAAUAUUGUGCUAACGCUAUGACUAAAAGUCCGUCCCCCCUAUUUAAAAACUUGCUACAUACAAUCUGCUACUGUAUGCAUUGCAGACUACAUAUGAGCAGCUGCAUCUAAAUUUAUCUAUGUGGAAAUCAUUCAUUUUCAACAUUUAAUGCAUGAAAUUUAUAGAAAUGAUUGGAAUAAUUUCCUGUGAAAUAAAUUGUUAUUUCCCCACCCCCUUGGUUAUAACUGAGCAUCAUCUGACUUAUCAGAAUGGCUCAAAGUUAUUGAUGACCAGAGGUCUAUAACAUCUACCUACACGUUCGUUCUCCAUUACGUUUGGUGGUUGUGAUGGAACCAAAGGAGGUUGCUCUAAGUACUUGAGGUCAUAUUUUGUCCCAGACUAUAGGAAAGCAUUUAUACUAAUUUGUCUAAAUGUUCUGUCAUCAGCUAUGUUGGAAGGAAUACUUGUGCCAUGUAAAGAGGGGUGUUUGGGGUGACUUUUGGAGGAAUGUUGAAAAUAUGUUCAUUAAAAACAAAGGAGCAAGCAAAAACAAAAAGGCCUGUAUGACUUGACAGGAAGAAGACAUUUUCUUUAUUUUUCCUGGGUGGACUAGAGCAGUUUGUUGUCAUGAGGCGAUAAUGAAAUGCCUCUAAGAGUGCAAAUAUUCUGGUUGGAGAAUUGGUCAGGCUAGUCCUUUGCUUACUAAUAAAAGCUUCCUCUAACUCUAAGAUGGGUGGUGCUGUGGUUUAAAUCACAGAGCCUAGGACUUGCCGAUCAGAAGGUCGGCGGUUCGAAUCCCCGCGACGGGGUGAGCUCCCAUUGCUCGGUCCCUGCUCCUGCCAACCUAGCAGUUAGAAAGCACCUCAAAGUGCAAGUAGAUAAAUAGGUACUGUUCCGGCGGGAAGGUAAACGGCGUUUCCGUGCGCUGCUCUGGUUCGCCAGAAGCGGCUUAGACAUGCUGGCCACAUGACCCGGAAGCUGUACGCCGGCUCCCUCGGCCUAUAGAGCAAGAUGAGCGCUGCAACCCCAGAGUCGGCCACGACUGGACCUAAUGGUCAGGGGUCCCUUUACCUAACUCUAAGACAUUUAUUUCAUCCAACUUAUAUAUCGCUUGAUUGAAAGAAGAAGAAAACCCUCAAAAGCAGUUUAUAAAAAAACUAAACAAUAGAAACAGUUAGAAACUGCUAUUUAAAACAUUCAAAUAAUAAUUAAAAUCAGGAAUAAGCGAAAAACAGAACGAAACACAUGUAAGCAUUCUACAUAUCUGGGAAGGCUUGUCUGAACAAAAAUGUUUUUAUCAAGCAUUGAGAAAAGUACGCCUGCCUGAUGUCCCUAGGCAGGGUGCUCCAAAAUGUUGGUGCAGCCACACGAAAAGAUGGAUCAACUACAGAUACAGAAUGAGUGUUAAGUUGACUGUUUUUAGUGUGUUACACUUCUGAGUCUUCUACUGUUUUACAUUGUGCUUUGUCUGCUGUUUUACUGAACUUAUGCAAGCCACUCUAGAAGCACAGCGUAUUGAAGGGCAGCGUAUAGAUCUUUGAAACAAAUGGAUAAGUCAUAUCUGUGGCAAGAGGUGAGCUUUCCUGCCCUCUCGCUACUUCACUGGCUGCCACUUGUGGCAGGAAAACUCUGAGUGCAAUGACUUCUUGGCUAGCGAUUCAAAGCCUACAACAUUUCUAGGGGAGUGAAGGAGAAGAUCUUUUGUUAUGGUGUCAAUCCUUGAAAUCUUUGAUUCAUUAAAAGCAGUUUGUCUCCAAAAGCCUAUUGGACCAAUAAAUAGUUCGCCUGCCAGUGGAAGGACAAGGAGGGAGCCAGUCUGGCUUCUCCAGGGAGAGAGUUCUGGGAGGCCUUUGGUGCUUUGCCUGCUGAUGGCAUUUGUUGAAUCCCACUGUAUAAUUUGUUCUUUUAGUGUAUAGUUCAUUGCUUUGGACAUCAGAAGCAGUAUAUACAGUGGUACCUCGGGUAACAUACGCUUCAGGUUACAGACUCCGCUAACCCAGAAAUAGUGCUUCAGGUUAAGAACUUUGCUUCAGGAUGAGAACAGAAAUUGUGCUCCGGUGGCGCAGCAGGAGGCCCCAUUAGCUAAAGUGGUGCUUCAGGUUAAGAACAGUUUCAGGUUAAGAACGGACCUCCAGAACGAAUUAAGUACUUAACCCGAGGUACCACUGUAAAUGAAUGGCAUUAUGAUGAUGAUGAUGAUGAUGAUGAUGAUGAUUAUGCCUUAACUAUUUGUCUUUCAAACAGAACCAACAGGUGUGAGAAAUAUCAAAGCGGACUUAUCAAAUGAAGCAAACAAUGCUGUUAAGAUCAAAUGCUCAAAGCCAGAACAAAUAAACGGCCCCAAAGAAGAAUAUAUCUUGUACCUGGAGGAUGAGAAUAAAACGAAGAAAGAUUGUUCUUUUGAAGUUAAAGACCUGGCUUAUCUGACAACAUACACGUUUAAGGUAAACUGCUUAAUUCUGAUGUUUACAUUGAGAUAUAGGUAGAUGCAUUCAAUUCAUUACCUCACUGGGUAAUAGUGUUUUCCCUUGUGGAACACAGCAGGGUGGAAGCUGCAGACAAAACUAGAAUUAGUCGGCUCUUCCUGCUACUGGCUUUGGCGCCACCUAGUGCUGGGCUCCCUGUCUUCUGCCCUACCAGUCCCAAUGGGCAAUAGCCAUUUGUGUAAAAGUAGCUCUUUUGAUUAUUGCAUCUUCACUUUAGAUGGGAAACCAUUUGGGAUAUUGUUUGUCUUCGUUGAUACAUUUUUGACAAAUCGAAAUGGUAUCCGCUGUUCUUUCUGUUUAUUAGGUUGGUUUUAGCAACGGGAAUUAUACCUCGGAAGCCUUGGUCUCUAAUCCAGUAACAACCAGAUGUAAGCUAAAGUUUCAACCACUCCUAUCAAUUUACUGAUUAAUUUACAUGUUAAAACACAAGAGCAGGACUUGACAUAAGGUUUAGAAAGCGAGUAAUGGAACAAACUUUUGCUAGCAUUUCUUAAACCUUUUCAACAUAGCUUCUCUCUCCCUUUGUUCUUUCGAAUUUUGCAGAUAAUUCUCAAGCCCUGAUUAUAUUUUUGGCAUUCCUCAUUAUUGUGACCUCUGUGGCUUUGCUCCUUGUUUUGUAUAAAAUCUACACUCUUAACAAAAAACGAUCAUCGUAAGUAACCCCUCUUCCUUUCUUCUGAAAUAAAAUGAGAAGACUUAUCGAUAUAAUGUAGGAUGGCAUGAGAUUUCUUUCUCCUUUAUUUACCUACUGCAUUGCUCCAAGGAGUUCAAAGAAGUGUACGUGGUUUAGCUCUUUCCCAUCUUGCAACAACCCUACGAGAAUCCUAUUCCAACCAUCUAUCCCCUGCUUCACAGUGGCUUCCUUUGGCCAUGGUCUGUUGGUUGCAUAUUUCUCCGGUGAUAUCUGUAGGGAACCACAUGUCAGGAAGUGUAAAGUAAGGUAGAGAAAAGUGAAGAUUUCUCACGGGGUGGUUGGACAGGAAGCUACAUCAAGCCACACAGGGCCUCCCAUGGAAAGAAAAUAAAGUCCCUACCAGAGAAGAAUGGCAGAUUAAAUUGAUGGAUUAUGCUGAAAUGGCAAAAAUGAUCGGAAGAAUCAGAAAUCAGAAAGACCAACAUUUUAAUAAGGAAUGGGGAAAAUUUAUAAUUUAUCUUAAAAACCACUGUAAACAGCUAAAAUUGUUAGUAGUAUUGGAAUAACACUUGUAGUUUAAUGGUGACUUUGGGACAUAAUGGAGAUGUAAAAGUUUUGGAUUAUUAUAAAAGAUGCAGGAGGAAAUGACUAACAGUAGGACCCACGAAGGGGAGGGGAGGGAGCCCAGGAGAUUCUUUGGAAUCUUGUCUUUAUGUUGUAUGUUGGAUAUCGGAUUGUAAAACUUUAAUUUGAAAAACCAAAUAAAUAAAUGUAUAUUUAAAAAAAGACACACAUGCCCCCCAAUCUGCGCAAUCACUGCAGCUUACCAGAAAGGAGAGUGGUGCGGAGGUCAAAUGCACUGCUGAAACCAGUUGGGCACCACCAGUGCGUCUGCAGGGACGACCUCCCUGCCACCUCACUCCUCUCCGUCUCUAUAAACUACAGUGGCACUGCUGCUCAGAGGCCAGGCGAAUCCUUUGCCCCUUCCUGCUGGCCACUCCUGAUUCCUUCUUAUGCUAAAGUACCCUCCAUGGGAGUUGGGUUAUAGUCACCUAGGAAAGAGUUAUAUUGUUAUUCCUUGACCAGCACCGCUUUUAUGACUUUUACUAAUACUGGAGUGACAUAGGACCAAACCAGACACGAGCCUGCGGAUCUCACUCGUAAACUUUGCUGGAUGUACCUUAGAAUUUGGUUGCAGAAUGCUUUGUUAACAUGGAGCAUUGCUCUUAGGCUUCAUAACCAUUUAUGUUUCUUACAGGGAUCCAGAUACAGGUAUGCAGCCUCUUAUCAUAGGCAGAGGUUGGUAUUCUCCAGCUUUGGGCAAGUGCAAGCAUUUAAUUGAUAUUUUUGUCUAGCUCACCAUAAAGCCUUUGUAGCAGUACUGAACCCCGAAGCAUGCUUCUUGGAGUCGUAAUGUAGAAACUUUCCUCAUGGACCUUUGUAGGCAUUAUAACUAUUGGGGUAACAGGAUUUAUUACCUUUCGGUUAACCCUUCAGUACACAGAGUAUGUGGGAUAACCAGCCUCAUAUAACCAACAUGAUUCAGUCUACUUAAUGGAUGAAGGGGUUAAUGCCAUAGAGUAAGCUGUCUUGCCUGGCUUAGCCUAUGUCACUUCCCUUCACCUUGGGAGGAAGGUAAACAAGCCUAUUGUUUGCCUGAGAAGUUCAAUAUGUGAAAAUGCAAAACCCUGUUCUCUAAACUGAGUUGCAUCCAAACUUCCAACAGUAACAUCAGGGAAUUCUUGUGACCUGACAAAUCUUCCAGACCUAACUCUGUAAUGCUGUUAAAUGUACAUGUUUUAAGGAUGGGGAACCCAUGGUCUUCAGAUAUUGGAUUCCAGUCCCCAUCUGCCUCAGCCAGCAUGGCCAAUAGUCAGGAAUUAUGGGAGUUGUAAUCCAACAUAUUUCUAUGCCUGCUUUAAGAGAAUGUAAUACUCUUAAAUAAUGUGAAUUAUUUGGUAGUGCUUUGCCGAAUGUCAUUUCAUUGCACUCAAGCUGUAUAACUUGAUUGCAAACCUAUAACAAAACUAUAGGAACCUAAGCAUGUGUUUAAAUAUGGAUUGCCUUUGUGUGAUAUGUAUUAAAAGAAACAAAUGUCAUGACAUAUAUGUUUUUCUCCGUGUUUUAAAGAUGAUGAUAAGCAUCUGCUGAACAUAGACCCAAUUCCUGCAGAGUUGUUGUGGGAAACAUAUAAGAGGAAGAUAGCAGAUGAAGGAAGACUUUUCCUGGAUGAAUUUCAGGUUGGUGCCCCAUUAAAAGACAUUAGCCAAGUGUAAAUCAGAAAUAUGAGUAAUGCUGGUGGCUGGCUUGCUAUGGGGUAAGAAGUUCCCAAGUUCCCUGAAGGGAAGGUUGGGGGUGGGGGAGACAGAGAGAGAGGUGCAGAGCACAGCUGCGUAGCCCAGAAGGCUAGAAUUGCGUUAUAAGAGAUGAGUCUUACUGAAUCCUUUGGCAGUUAGUCCUCAGUAAGUGGGAGUUGGCUUGCAGCCCUGAAUGUGGAUCAACUGGAUUAAGGAGUGCAGUUGAAAUGAAUUAUGAUGUGAAUAGUUUUAAAGAGCUAAAUAUGCCUAACUGUGGUGGCAAUGGUUUCACAUAAUUCUUUAUGCUGAGGUUGUUGUUCUUUUGCAGAGCAUUCCCAGAGUUUUCAGUAAAUUCACGAUAAAAGAUGCACGCAAGUCUUACAACCAGAACAAAAACCGUUACAUUGACAUUCUCCCUUGUAAGUACAUAUUGCAAAUUGGGUUCUUAUCCUCCCUGCCCCAAUUUAUAUCAAACUGAAGAUAACCUUUGAUAACGUCUUAACCUUUGUUUAUGACUGUUUGUAUGAAAAGAUGACUACAACCGUGUGGAGCUUUCUUCAGUACUCGGGGACCCUGGAUCUGACUACAUAAAUGCAAGCCAUAUUGACGUGAGUGACCACCGUUAGCAAAAUUCCUAAUGUCAGAUUGAAAACGUUAUUCGUAAUUAUUCCUAAGAAUGUGCAGAUAUUAGUUUGCCUGGGCAUAAUAACAAAUUACUUUAUCUUGUAGGGCUUCACAGAACCAAGAAAAUACAUUGCUGCCCAAGGUUGGUAUUACUACUUCUUCUUCUUCUUCUUCUUCUUCUUCUUCUUCUUCUUUCUUCUUCUUUAUUGAAUUUAUAUACCACAGAGCCUAGGGCUUGCUGAUCACAAGGUCAGUGGUUUGAAUCCCCGCGACGGGGUGAGCUCCUGUUGCUCAGUCCCAGCUCCUGCCAACCUAGCAGUUCGAAAGCACAUCAGAGUGCAAGUAGAUAAAUAAGUACCGCUCCAGCUGGAAGGUAAACGGCAUUUCCGUGCGCUGCUCUGGUUCACCAGAAGUGGCUUAGUUAUGCUGGCUACAUGACCUGGAAGCUGUACACCGGCUCCCUCGGCCAAUAAAGCGAGAUGAGCGCCGCAACCCCAGAGUCGGCCACCACUGGACCUAAUGGUCAGGGGUCCCUUUACCUUUUACCUUUACCACCCUAUACCCGGAGGUCCCAGGGCGGUUCACAGAAUAAAAUCAAAAUACCACAAAAUACAUAUUCAAAAUAAGAACAACAACCCAAUAACCUCCCCCAAAACACACAUUUUCUUUUUCCUUUCCUUCCCACCUUAAAUCAUGCAGGAAAGUAGUCUCUCUCUCUUUCUCCAUGCUCAUACAUAUGAGGGGCUGCUGCCCCAGCUUGCGUUGCUAACCAGCCCCACCUUCCACCCUUUCCAACCCUAUCCCCUCCCUUUACCCAUGCUUCCCAUAGCCUCAUAACUCCAACAACCUCCCUAUAUUCUAACAUCUCCUUUAUUCCUCCCAUAUCCACACAGCCCCUUCAAUCCCCUAUAUUUCCACAGCUCCUUUAAGCUCCAGUCUCAUCUGUCUGCCACCUCAACCUCACCUACCUGCCACCCCCCCUUGCAAAUCUCCAUCACCUCACAGCUUGCUUGCCCAAUGCUUCCCCAUCUCCUCACAGCUCACCCCAAUCCCAAGAGGACGCAGCUACUGUCAGUCACAGAGGAGGGAGGAAUGAAGAGGAGACAGUCUCUUCUCUGUCCUGCCCUGACAGAAAGAAGUGUGGAUUGUGAAAUGCACACUUCCUUCUGCCGAUAGCAGCAGUGAAGGGGAGACUGACUUUCCCCUCCAUGGUGGUAGCGACAGUGGAGAGUACUUGAAGGCCUGUGUCCCCAGCUGUGUCCUCCCCUUUCUCCCAGACUACCCACCCAUUCAUUCACCUGAUCAGCUGGGCCACUCACUUGCCCUGUUCCCAGACCUCCUUCACCCUAUUGUGCAUGGAUUUGGCCUGACCUAGCCAAAGUUAAUUGCUUUUAAGUUUCCUUGAUUUCUGUGGGGCGUGCAUUUAACUCUCUUUAAAAGUGCUUCUAUCUUUGGCUGGGUCAUGCCCAUGGCAAUCACGCCAACUGCUUAAAGUAAAUAUUUCUGCCCAGGUCCCAAGGAGGAGACAACGGAUGAUUUCUGGAGAAUGAUCUGGGAGCAGAAGGCAACCAUCGUCGUCAUGGUGACUCGCUGCGAGGAAGGAAACAGGGUGAGGGAAAGAGGCGCACUCUCCUGUUGUGGCUACUGUAAAAAUAUGCAUGACUCUGCUUACUUUAUUCUUACACCAAUCCAGUUAAUUAUGGGAAACCUCUUUGGUCACAAAAUACCCAAGAGGAUGUACAAAGGCUCUGUUGUGGCUCUGUGGUGGGUCAUAACUUCUGCUAAUGAAUUUAUGAGCCAACCCAAAUUCUUCUGGGGAGACACUGGUUAUCUGGAUGCAGGAAAUGGCUACUGACUUGAUCAGCAGCAUGCAUUGACUUGUCCAGGCUCCACUGCCAGUAUAUGGCUAGUACCAUUUCUUAUGGUUUGUCUUGGCCAAGUUUUCCCAAGAAGCGCGUGCUUACCAUUUGCUGGAAUGGGGGGUGGGGGAAAACUGUUUCUCCUAAUGCUAUGCACAGGGACUUCUGAGAAGCAUCAGGCAGGCCAUUGUGGGAAAUGAGCAGAUGGAGCAGAAAAACAUUUGGGCUGACCCAACAGAGCUCUCCUCUGUCUCUCUCUUUUAAAACAAAACAAAACAAAAACAAAACCAUUUCUGCGGGGGUUGCAUUCCAGGUCAAAGCUCAUGUUGACAGAGCAUGCAUAAGUCCACCCCACCCCAUUAUACCUCGGCAGCACCCCUGUUCCACUCCAUCCCUUCCUCUUCUGGGUCAAAAAUGACCCAUGGCUUCAACUGGAAAUGCCUAAAAUGGACACCGCCUGUACGUGUGGUGUAGUGGUUAAGAGCAGUAGUCUCGUAAUCUGGGGAACCGGGUUCGCGUCUCCGCUCCUCCACAUGCAGCUGUGGGCUAGUCACACUUCUUUGAAGUCUUUCAGCCUCACUCACCUCACAGAGUGUUUGUUGUGGGGGAGGAAGGGAAAGGAGAAUGCUAGCCGCUUUGAGACUCCUGAAGGGGAGUGAAAGGCGGGAUAUCAAAUCCAAACUCUUCUACUCUUCUACGUAAUUUUGUUUGUAUGCUGUCUUUUCAAAUGAUGCUCAAGGUGGCUGACAACAUGAAAGCCAUACCUAACUACGGCGUACCAAAAGUUGUCGUAAACAAUAAAUAAAACCAUUUAAAAAAAUAAAUAAAACCAAACUGAACAAUUUCCAAAAGAUCUAAAAUAAAAAUACAAAAACCCAACAGCAACAAUACCCCAGCCCUAAAGUCUGCCCAGGGAACCUCAGCUUUUGUAGCUGGAGUCAGUCAGGACCCUGCCCUCCAAGGUGAGGCGGAAAAAUUCCUUCAGGGAAAGGAGCAGGUCUUCCAGGACUCGCAGCCAAGAUUACAUCUGACUGUAAAAUUGCUUACAUUUGUAUCUCACCUUAUAUCCAAGGAGCUCAGUAACAUUCAUGGUUCUCCCCUUCCUCAUUUUUUUCUCCUAACAACCCUGUGAGGUUGGCCUGGGCCGAGAGUUGAUUCCUGAAGUAACCCAGUGAGGUAACCCAGGAUUUGAACCCUGGUCUCCUAGGCCCUAAUUUGGCACUCUUACCUACUAUACCACACAUUGGAGCCAUUCCUACUCAGUCUUACAGAAGAAAGGGUUGAAUUGCAGUACCAGCUGGUUUAUUUUAUGCCAUUUUUAGUUUGAUAAUUUGAGUUUUAACGGCUGGAUCUCGGUUACUUUUAUGUCUGCUUUUUUAUUUGUAAGCCAUUUCGAGCAACUCCAAUGUGGAGGAGAAAAUCAGUGUAUACAAUUUUUUAAAGUAAACAAAUAAAUGCAAACCUAUGUUAGGGCUGGUUGCAGUUGAUGGUCCUUGCGUUUCUACAGGUCAAAUGUGCCAAAUAUUGGCCAUCCAUGGAAGAGGAGACCGCAUCUUAUGGAGACAUCGUUGUGAAGAUAAACGAAUGUAAAGUGUGCCCCGACUACAACAUUCAGAAGCUGCACAUCACAAACGUAAGGACAGCAACACUUGCAGAGCUUUGCAUAAUCUUGCCUUUGCAAUCAUACUUGCAAAAGCUGUGUAAAAGAGGUAAAUAAGUAAAGCAAAUAGUGGUUUUCCAAGGACCACCAAUCACGUAGCGCACAGCAACAGGAGAAGGGAUGCGGUGAGGCAGCAGGGAGGUUGGCAUGGUGCGAACAUGCCACCUGGAGGAACAGACUGGCUCUGCGGGCGCAUUUGUACCAUGCCAACCUCACCACCACCUUGCCCUCCCCUUCCUAGUGGGACCCUAGUGGUCCCGGGCCCUUAGGAAGUGAGAUUAGCUUCAACCAGAGCCAGGGCCUUUUCAACUCUGGCUCCGGCCUGGUGGAACGCUCUGUCUCAUGAGACCAGGGCCCUGCAGGAUCUGAUUUCUUUCCGCAGGGCCUGUAAGACAGAGUUGUUCCGCCUAGUCUUUGGCUUGGAGCCAAUUUGAUUCCCUCCCUCUCUUUCUUUUUCCUUUUUCCUUUCUCCUCCUGUGAUGAGGCUGCAUUUUAAUGUUUCGAUAUUUUAAUGUUGUAUUUUAAUCUUGUUUUUAAGUUGUCUUCAUUCAGCUUGUUUUUAUUAUUGCUUGUUAGCCGCCCUGAGCCCAGCCUUGGCUGGGGAGGGCGGGGUAUAAAUAAAAAUUAUUAUUAUUAUUAUUCCGAUAACCCACAGUGAUGCUGUUGACAAGAGGUAAGGCAAGAGCAAACCAUGACGGGUGGAACGUGUCUCACUUCCCGCUCUCUUAAGCACUACACUUUGCCUGCUCUUCUACUAAGCAGAUAUUUGGUUUGGAGGAACACGGCUCAUGCUGCUGUAUAAAUAUGCCACUGGAUGAAUCCUCUCGUGAUGCUUAAUCAUAACAUGUGUUGCUCAGACAGACCAGUAUAGAAGGCCACCCAUGUUCUCCCUCCAUUUCUGGCUAAGCCCAAGGAAGCUGGAGAGCUUUGUUCACCAUUUGGAAGGUGGGCAGUCCCACUCUUUCUUUGCUCUUUAUAUUUGCAAUUGAAACGACAGUGGCGAAUGUUUACAUGCACUCCUUUUCACCCAGAGAAGGGAAAAGACCACAGGAAGAGAUGUGACCCAUAUCCAGUUCACCAGCUGGCCAGACCAUGGAGUCCCCGAUAAUCCCCAUCUCCUUCUCAAGCUCCGACGCAGAGUUAACGCUUUCAGCAACUUUUUUAGUGGCCCAGUUGUGGUCCAUUGCAGGUAAGAAUUAGCUCAUCCUCUCUGCUUAACUGAGGCUGGGUCUAUAGGUGCAGUAGAAUGAAGUGAUUGAAUUCUAGACUGUGCUACCUGUAUUCAGAUGACGACGACAACAACAACAACAACAACAACAACCUUAUUUAUACCCCACCCAUCUGGCUGGGUUUCUCCAGCCACUCUCGGCGACUCCCAACAGAAUAUUAAAAACACCAUAAAACAUCAAACAUUAAAAACUUCCCUAAACAGGGCUGCCUUCAGAUGUCUUCUAAAAGUCAGAUAGUUGUUUAUUUCCUUGACAUCUGAUGGGAGGGCGUUCCACAGGGAGGGUGCCACUACUGAAAAGGCCCUCUGCCUGCUUCCCUGUCACCUCACUUCUCGCAGUGAGGGAACCACCAGAAGGCCCUCGGAGCUGGACCUCAGUGUCUGGCCUGGGACACUUUGGGAUACUAUUUCUGAAUGCUCCUCAAACUCCCCGUAAGUAAAGCAGACACAUACACAACAGAGAGAAGGGUGCUUUAACACAUUCUCCCUGGUAUGCUAGUUAACUGUAUGCAGGGAACUUUUUUCAUAUACAUAGGAGAGUAUUUGAAAAUGUGAUUCUUACUCUGAAACGAUGCAAGUCACUUCUGGAAUUUUACAGCCUCAUUUCCAUGUAGUUCUCUUCGCUAUCUGAAGUUACAAAGAAAACUGAAUCAGAGAACAUUAUCACGUGUGUACACUUCUGCAAGUACUGCUAUCUAAACAAACACAUACACACAGAGACACAGAUUUUGCCCUGCCCCUCACAAUUCUUACUGCUGUUAACCGUACCUACAGGAAUGCACAUCUGAUCUUGGUCAGUGUUUGCUUAUUUUCCUCAAAUAGCUUUAAAAAGCGAACGUAUUUCCCAUAAGGUGCAUAUCUUACAGCAAAAUCCAACACAAGUAUGCUGGGAAGAAAGCCCCAUUUAUGUUCAGUGGCCCUAACUCCCACGUAAGUGUGUACAGGACUGCAGCCACAGUUAUCCGCAAUGUAUUGCUUUCUCUCCUCCUUGUCAGUGCUGGUGUUGGGCGCACUGGAACCUAUAUUGCAAUUGAUGCAAUGCUGGAGGGACUAGAGGCUGAAGGAAGAAUGGAUGUCUAUGGCUACAUUGUCAAGUUGCGGCGGCAGAGGUGUCUUAUGGUGCAGGUGGAGGUAUGCUGUCAGAGCUUUGAUGGUUGACCAUAUAUAUGAUUCAUUAUGAUAACCUUGGAAUAGCCUACAGGUGAUACCAAGACAAAGGAUCCACUGUUUCUUGUAUGUGAUUACGAGAGCCUGUUGAUGAUCCAUCUGGUAGGAAGAUUGAUUCACUCAGAAAAUAUUUUGGUAGGGUAAAAAAAAGGGGGGUCUACCUGUAGAGGUAUGGAUUGACACUGGGACAGGUGCUGGCAUCUCCUUCCCCAUAUACAGUGGUGCCUCGCAAGACGAAAUUAAUCCGUUCCGCGAGAGUCUUCGUCUAGCGGUUUUUUCGUCUUGCGAAGCAAGCCCAUUGACGGAUUAGCGCUAUUAGCGCUAUUAGCGGUUUAGCGGCUAUUAAAGGCUUAAAGGCUUAGGGGAUUAGCUGCUAAAAGGCUAUUAAAGGCUAUUAAAGGCUUAGCAGAUUAGAUAAAGGGGAAAAGCGAAAAAAAUCUCAAGACUCGCAAGGUAUUUUCGUCUUGCGAAGCAAGCCCAUAGGGGAAUUCGUCCUGCGAAGCAACUUCAAAACGGAAAACCCUUUCGUCUAGCGGUUUUUCCGUCUUGCGAGGCAUUCGUCUUGCGGGGCACCACUGUAUUGUGGGCCUCUUUUUUAAAAAGUUUUUUCCCCUUAAAGCUUGAAAAACAAAGGAAAAACAAUAUACAGAAAUGAACAUCAAAUGUCAAGCAUUUUUAACAUAAAAACUAAAAGAAAGUAAAUAAAGAAAAGGAAAAGACUUCCAUUUCUCCUUCUAUCAGCCUUAAAAAUGUAUGCAAAACUCUUGCUUCAGAAUAACAUCAAUCUUCUAUUUCCCAUAAGCCAAGCUCUUUUCAGUCUUCAAACCUAGAUAUCACAAGCUCAUUGUCCUUUUGGUGCAAAAAAUUCCAUAAGGGGUUUCAAUCAUUAAUAAAUGUCAACUAUGAUUUUUUUAUAUAAUUAAGCGUGGCAACUUUGCCAUCUCAGCCAAAUCCAUAAAUUUCAAUAACCAUUCUUCCAUAGUAGGUAAUAAUAAAUCCUUUCAUAUUUGUGCAUAUGACAAUCUUGCCUCUUGAUUGGAGCAGGUGGUCCAUUGCAGUCCCACCCCUUCUCAGUUAUUCCAGCAGUAACGCGUCUCUCUGCUUUCUGGAUUUCUUGUGAUUAGAGUCUAGUAAGCAACACCCUGCUUUCCAUUGGUUGGUGGACGACUCAAGCAAUAUACCGUAAUUUUUGCUCCACAAGACGCACUUUUUUCCUCCUGAAAAGUAAGGGGAAAUGUCUGUGCGUCUUAUGGAGCGAAUGUGUGGUGAUCACUGGCUCCCUUUCUGGCCCCGCCCCCUUGCCCAGGCCUCCAUUGUUGAAUGUUCUGCAGACAGAGGCUGUUUGUUACCCCAGCGACAUGUGACUGGCUGAUUAGAUUAUCUGUCUGGAAACCGUAGAAACGGCUCCCUUUCCUUUCCUAAAGAAGUUACAGAACUGUGCGUCGAACCCCAUAAAAACAGGAUUUUUUCCCUUUGCAAAGUAAGCUCAACAACUUUGAGCUGAUCCUCAAAAAAAGGGGGCUUUUCCCCUUUGCAAAAUAAGCUGCACAACUGUGAGCUGACCCCCCCAAAAACGGGGCUUUCCCCCUUUCUUCCUCUAAAAACUAGGUGCAGCUUAUGGUCAGGUGCAUCUUAUGAAGAGAAAAAUACGGUAUUUGCUCACUGGUAGGAACUUUAAAGAGCUCACUUGAGUGGUCCGUUCAUCUGUAUGGCAUGACCACAAAAGAUGGCAAUUCCCCAAGUGCUACAGAAACAAAUGUGGAAGGAUGUCUUCAAAGGAGGGAUGGGGAGGACAUUUUCUCUUCCUGAGACAAUAUGCUCUUCUUUGAAAUUUGCACUUCUCCCAAUUCCCCCAACACCAAAUUAUGUAUAUAGUGUGCCUAUAUUAGUAAAGAUAACAGCAGGGAAAAUAGCAUACAAAUGUCACCUACAGCCCUGCCCUUUCCUAGAUUAAAGGGGUGCGUGCAUAUUGUUUUUGUUUGUCAUUUUGGUAUGUUUUUUUGUGUGUUGUUUAAAUUGUAAACCACCCUGUGAUCUUUGGAUGAAGGGUGGUAUAGAAAUCUAAAUAACAACAACAACAAUAAUAAGGAGAAAUUCACAAUAAGCUGGUGCAGAAAUGUGAACUGAAUUUAAGAAUAGAGGAAUGAGGAAGACUACCCCAAAGUAUACACUUGGCCCUUGCGGAAAGUGCAACCUUAUCUAGAGCAAGUCUUCCUAGCCUACAGAGGCAUCAACUCAAAGAGCCUCUGUCUUGUCAGGAUUCAGUCUCUAUUUGCUCUGUAUACUGCUGUAGUCAUGGAAUUGUAUCUACAUUUCUUUUAACUGCAAUUUUUCCAUCCUGCAACUGGCAUAAUCUGGAAUCCUGGGGAACAUUAGUCCCAGUACAUCUUGAUCCAUCAAGCUUUGGUUGAAUACAUCCAGUUUGGUGAAACAGAGGUCAAUAUCCCAGAACUACACAACUGCCUCAAUUACCUGAAGAAGCGAGAUCCUGCCAGUGACCCAUCUCCACUGGAAGCUGAAUUCCAGGUAAAUUGCUCUCAGUAAAAGUUACCGUAUUUUUUGCUCUAUAGGACGCACUUUUCCCCCUCCAAAAGUGAAGAGAAAAUGUGUGUGCGCAGAGAACUUCUGCUGUGCUCCGGGGGCUGCAGGCAGCUAUCUGCAAGCCUUCAGAGCACAGCAGGAGUUCCCACCAUGCUCCGAAGGCUUGCGGAUGACCGCCUGAAGCCUGAAACCCCCGAAGCGCAGCGCGAAUGCCCACUGCGAACGCUCCAGGGGCUUCAGGCAGCUAUCCGCAAGCCUUCGGAGCACAGCAGGAGUUCCCACCGGGGUCGGUGCACACUGAUCACUCUUGCUCUCCAGGCUUCGCUUCGCUGGAGAGGCGCUGCACAGUUUUCCCUCUCUGCGCAGCGCCCCUUCAGCCAAGCGGGAGGAGAAAUGGAAGGGGCUCCAUUUCUCCUGCCGCUUCGCUGAAGGGGCGCUGAGCAGAGAGGGGGAGAAUAAUUUUUUUUCCUGUUCUCCCCCUCCUAUGAUCCGAUGCGUCCUAUGGUCUGGUGCGUCCUAUAGAGCAAAAAAUACGGUAGUUGAAUACAACCCUCUGCCUCUCAACAGCUUAUUGUGGGCCCAUUUCAUUUUGUUCCUCCUAGACUGAAGUUGGGAAGAUGAUUGCGGAGCAAAACUAUGUAGCGUAAAGAGAGAAGAACGCUGAGUGAUUAUUUAGCAUUUCUACUUAAUAAUCUCUUCUAUAUUUAAUUUCUUUAGCGACUGCCUUCAUACAGGAAUUGGCAGACACAGAGAGCAGCUAACAGAGAUGAAAAUAAAAGUAAAAAUCGGAGUUCCACAGUCCUUCCAUGUGAGUAUUUGAGGAGGCAGAAAUAACUGUAGAUUUCACACACUUGGUUUCUGUGACAGAGGGUUGACAUUAACUCCUUGGAAACUAUCUAAAUGGCAUCCUUUGUUCUGGCUUUCUUGCCCUGCAGAUGACUAUAACAGAGUUCUGUUCAAGUGUGAAGAGGAGGGCAGCCGAGAGAGUGAGCACGAUUCCAACGAUGAGGAUUCAGACGAGGAGAGCGAAUGCGAGGAGCCCAACAAAUAUAUCAACGCUUCCUAUAUAACUGUAUGUAUGUUUGGAUAACAUAUCCGUUUCAUAGAUUUUAAGUCACAUUGAUGUAACUAUUGUCCAUUGGAAUAGCGUAUUUUGGUGGCGCUGUGGGUUAAACCACAGAGCCUAGCACUUGCCGAUCAGAAGGUCGGCGGUUCGAAUCCCCGCAACGGGGUGAGCUCCCGUUGCUCAGUCCCUGCUCCUGCCAACCUAGCAGAUUGAAAGCACGUCAAAGUGGAAGUAGAUAAAUAGGUGGGAAGGUAAACGGCGUUUCCGUGCGCUGCUCUGGUUCGCCAGAAGCGGCUUAGUCAUGCUGGCCACAUGACCCAGAAGCUGUACACCGGAUCCCUCGGCCAAUAAAGCGAGAUGAGCGCCGCAACCCCAGAGUCGUCCGCGACUGGACCUAAUGGUCAGGGGUCCCUUUACCCUUUACCUUUAAAGUCAUUUUAAACACAGAACCAGUUUUUAAGUAGCAACCAAGAGAUGAGAUCUGGGUUUUGGUUUGCAUUUUAAAUGCCAGCUUUAUAGCCCAGGUUCCAUUCCAGCUGCACAAAAUGAUAAGUUAUUAUCACUUACUAUUUCAAAACUAAACCACAACGUGCCAUUAAAAAGUAAACAAAACUAAUGGCGACUAAAUGCCUGACAUGCAAAUGAAGGUGCAGAAUAAUAUGCAAGUUUUUAAAUGUUUUCUACUGAUCUCUCCCAACUGAACUACAGAUGACUAUUCAGCUGUUGCCCUGAAUUUGGUUUAUAUUACACAGAGGAAAAUUAAAAGAUUGGGUUUCCCCCUUAGCUUGGUAUGAAAUCAAUCUCUGUGUGGAUCCCACCACCCAUUUAUCUGCAACAAAUUCAGGUCUCUCUCUCUCUCUCUCUCCUUUUUUAAAGGGCUACUGGCUUCAAAAUGCAAUGAUAGCAACCCAAGGGCCUCUCCCAGAAACCAUUGGUGACUUCUGGAACAUGGUGUAUCAAAGAAAAGUGAAAGUUAUCGCUAUGCUGACGGAGCUGAAAGAUGACACACAGGUUAGUCUUUAUGAGUCUGCAAUAUGGCAUGGUGUCUCCUCCUAAGAAAUACCAAAACUCAUUUUUUUUCUACUACUCUCACCAAAGGCUUUUGCUUGUCUUUUUGGGACAAACAGCAAUGGAAUACAGAUUUGACACUCUCAUCUCUUCUUUCCAAGUGCAUCCCUACAUCUUCCAGCUUAAUGCUGCAGUGCUGCAAUUUGGGAACCAGUGAUUUUUAUGCUUUUCCUCGUUUUCUAGGAAUUCUCUGCACAGUACUGGGGAGACGAAAAGAGGACCUAUGAUGGUAUUGCGGUUGAACUGAAGGAUGUCAACCAUUGUUCCAGUUAUACUGUCCGUACCUUUGAUGUAACACACGUGAAGGUAAAUUCACCAUAGGUUUUGGGUGAUCUAUGAAAUCUUUUGAGGCCUCUUGCUUAUCAGUCUUCUUAAGGAGAGAAAGCCACUUCCAACGUAGAAAGGAGGUGGGGUUGUGGGCUUCACCCUCCCACCAUGUGCGCGGGGACUGGCUCUCAGCUUCUGUGCAAUUGAGGGAAUCCCAGAUCGCGUCAUCCCCUGGCCAGCCAAUCGGCUGGCCUGGGGUGUGUGUGGCCUGCUCCAUUUAACGCAGGGGCGGCCUGGGAUCUCCCUCUUUGCCGCUCCCAUCUGCUCCAGUUUCCCACCCUCCCUCCCUUUAAGGUUUUUUCGUCUUUGACCUUGCUAUGGACCUCGGUUGGUAGCCGUUAAGGGGCCUGGUAGAAAUUUUUCCACUUGGCAAAUUGGCACCAGCCACUUGGUUUUUUCGCCUACCUUUUAGCAAAUCGUCACAACUUCCUUGGUAUUGGCUGUUAGGCAUUGGUAUUGUUAUUGUUAUGUAGAUGGAAGGGGGGGCAGGAAGCGCCAUCACCUCCCCUGCAUAUUGAAGGGUAGUCUGAUAAAGGAUCCCGGGGUGUGUGGCCCUGUCCGAAGCCUAUGGGAGGUGAGGGCCUAAGGCACGCCCCCGAGUGGUGACCCCGGGGGAGUUCCUAGUUGAUGUGCAUCAGCAGGAACCCCCCUACUGGUGGUUAACCCUUCCCGGACUUGAAGCGAACAGGCUGAAGCUGGAUAGUCGGUUAGGACCAAUGCCUAAGCCAAUACCACUCAUCACCUGUAACCAAUAAAGUUGUGACCAUAUUUAGCCCAUUAACCUUAAAUAUCUGUGUCAUGUAUCUUUAUUUCCACUGGGGGGAGGUGGGAACUCGCCACGCAAUGGUGGAUUAGCUCAAUAUCUCUGGAACAAAUCCCCAGGUAUCUUUCUGCACAGGACUGCAAUUAAUUUAAUUCUCUAAAUGGUUCUUAGCCAAGCCAAAUGACUUCCAUUCCCUCCGGGUUUGUUUUGUCAUCUUUUGAAAAACCUCCCCUUUCAUCUGUUUCUUGCAGAGGAAAGAAACCCGAAAAGUGUUUCAGUACCAGUACCAUAAAUGGAAAACCUUUGUUCUACCAGAGAACCCCAAAAGCCUAGUCACCAUGAUCCAGGACCUUAAACAGAAGCUCCCACCACCAGAUGUAAUAGCUGAAGCAAAUAUGCGGAGCAGCAAUGUCCCCCUUGUUGUUCACUGCUGGUAGGUGUAAACUUUGGAGAUAUUGCAACAUGCUUUGAGGCUUGAUUUCCAUUUUUUCCUCUCCAGUAUCUCUCAACAUUUUAUGUAUGGUAUGGAAUUCGGUUUGAUUUGUCUGUAAUAAGUCCAGAACUCUCGUCUCUUUGGUUUGGGCUGGGUCACACUGUACAUUUUCAUACCUUGUGGUCACACCUGGAAAAUUAUAAUUCUAUGUGCCCUGUCCCCUGCAUCCCUCAUAAGGUAAGAAUAAGCAUGGGCAGUGGGUUUAUUGUGAUGGUAUUCACUGGCAUGGAGAACCAUCACCUCUUUUUGUUUUUUCUCAAGGCAGCCAUUUUGUACUGGCGCCCACGGCACUGUUAUCAUGAUAUGAGUACCAGAACCUCAUCUUUUUUUCUUUAAAAGGACUGAGUGCAGAUCUUUUAAGGCUGAUCUCACUGGUUACAUAAGCUAAGAUAAGCAGAAAUUUCUCAGAAUGUAUUUUGCUGAGAAAAUUCGCGAGAUUUUUCUUUCCCCCCUCACCCUCCUUACUAGAAAAAGAAGGCCACUUUGAGCUUAGCUCACACAGAAACCUCAGUGAGGGGCUUUUUGACACCCCAAAUUUCAUUGGAAAAUGCCAGAAUCUGCUGUGCUGUGCUAGGCUACAGAUGCAGCUAGUAAGAAGAUGCGACAGUAACACUCUGUGUUGGCCAUACUAGACAAUUGAUUUUCAUUUCUCAUCUUGAAAAUGUGUUUAGGUAUUCCAUGCUGCAAAAUAAAAUAUAUAAUUUAACAUUAUUUCAAUAACUGGCUAUAUCCUUUGAUGUUCAUAUUUCAGGCUUUGGCCUGAAAAGAAUUACACUGGUACCUUGGGUUACAUAUGCUUCAGGUUACAGACUCCGCUAACCCAGAAAUAGUACCUCGAGUUAAGAACUUUGCUUCAGGAUGAGAACAGAAAUCAUGCUCUGGUGGCAUGGCAGCAGCGGGAGGCCCCAUUAGCUAAAAUGAUGCUUCAGGUUAAGAACAGUUUCAGGUUAAGAACGGACCUCCGGAACGAAUUAAGUACAUAACCAGAGGUACCACUGUAAUAAAAUAAAAUGUGAUCUCAUCCAGGUAACAGUCCUUCCUAACUUAGCCUAGUUACAUUACUGACAUUGUACUUUGACUUGUACUGACUACAUGUGGCAAGAUGCUACAGCAAGCCUUGAGAUUGUGCAUAGUCUAUUCCUGCUCUGUAUGAAAUAUCACCAUUCCUUGUAUUUCCAAUAUUCUGCCAUUGAGUACCAUUGCAUAUGUAGCCAAAGAGCAUGGCCUAAGUACAAAAGGAUCAAUGUUUGCAGAAAUAUAUUUGUUGGGGAGAUAUCCCAAAACAACCUAAUGACGCCUGAGCAAGCUCUGUGGCCAGUAAAUGCUGAUUGUUGAGAUGGAAAUGCAGAAAAUUAGUGGUUGUGGCGGUCAUGGUGUCCGCAAUAUUUGGCUACAGGUCCCACUUAUAUCAUACUAUUUCAGAGCAUUGCUGAACUUUCUGUCAUAUUGCUUCUGUAGACUAACACUGUUGAUUUCCUGGAACAUCAUUUUGUAGUGAUGGUGCCCAGCAAACAGGAGUAUUCUGUGCUUUGCUGAAUCUCUUGGAAAGUGCAGAGACUGAAGGCGUAAUAGAUGUUUUCCAAACCGUGAAAUCUCUCCGUCGAGCCCGGCCAGCAAUGAUUUCCUCCUUUGUAAGUGGAUCAAACUAAGUUGAGUUGUUAUUUGGGAAUAAUACUACAGCUAUCACUGCAGUUCAGCAGGUGGAUUGAGCUUUUCUUUCUUAAUAAUAAUAAUAAUAAUAAUAAUAAUAAUAAAUUAUUUAUAUCCUGCCCUCCCCAGCCGAAGCCAGGCUCAGAGCGGCUUUCUUUAAUCAAUUAAUUAAAAUAUUCAUAUCCUAUUUUUUAAAGUAAACAAUUUAAGGUGGCUAGCAAAACCUGGCUUAAAACAAUAAAAAUAGAAUAAUUAAAUGCGAGUGCAGUGAAAAUGCAGACUGGCUCUGUCGGUUUAAGUAAUUAAGUACUGUGUUUUAAUGUUGAAACCCCAUUUUUUUAAAUGCUAUAGAUCAGGCAUGUCCAACUCCUAAGGGACUGCUAUCUACUGCCACUAUAAAAAAAACCUGGCAGUGAUUUACCCAUUGGAUUGACCAAAGUUGUUGAGCUUUUUGAGCUUGCCUGCUAUAGAUCAAACAAUGCUAGAUUAAUGCAGGGAAAGUUGGUAGUGAGAGCCAAGCUGUCUUUCAAAGAGGCGUAUCUGCCAUUGUUUAAGGUACCCGUGAUAAGCUUCCUAGGAACUUGGGUGCCCUGUAGUUUCAUUUGAUAAAACCCACUGUUUUACACCAGCAGAAUUUGAUGCUAAGAAGCCCAGCAACCACACUUUGCCUGUCUCCCAGCCUUCGUGCCCCUGCUCAGGGAAACCACUUGAGAUAGGAAGAACAGUAUAGGACACCAUUGUGCUGAUAGUCAUUCUGCUUUCUCUUUCCCUUCUUUGAAUUCCUUCCUUUUUAGGAGGAUUAUCAGUUUUUGUACGAUGCUAUUGCCAGCGUGUAUCCAGCCCAGAAUGGACAACUGCAAAAAAACCAAGAACACAAAGUGAAUAUUCCAAAUGAUGUAAAGGAAGACGAAGGGGCUAACUCUGUUACCGUUGAUCUCUGCCUUCCAGUCCAGACAAGUGGGAAUAAUGCGGAAAAGCACGAAGAAUCUAAAGCAAAGGAUGGAUCAAGAGAAGCAGAAAGUUCUUUCAAUGGACCCACAAACCUAAUUUUAACUGAAAUAGCCUAA